AUGAAAGAUUUAGUAUUUUUGGAAGGAAUUUUGGCCGCUGUUAAUUCUCAAGACACCCAGAAAAGGCUGAAAGCGGCUGAAGACCUCUCGACCUACCUCAGCGAUCCUUCGAACAGAGUAGAGUUUAUUGGCUUCGAUAAACUUCUCGAUGGGCUUGUUGCGUGGGUCAAUAGCAGUAAUUUUAAGGUAGGAAAACGAAGAAAGUCAUUUACUUUCUUGUUACUUUUUUUUUGCUUAUGUGCUGGAUAUAUUGCGAAUAUUUUCAUGGGAUUUAGCAAGCACUAGAACAUUUAGUCGACACGAUGCAAAAUGCUCGCGAGUUUUUGACGAUCGUUUUCCGAGAGGUCUUUGUGCAUGGAUUGAAAAACGAUUGGCAGUUUAGGCCGUAAAAAUGAAAAUCACAGUUUAUCCUUUUCGAACUACACUGAUUUGUUAUUUUUAGACGUCAGGCGUCUAUUAAUUGGAGCUUGAGGUAUUAGGGUAGUUUGAGGAGUCCAUAUAUUCUGUAGACAAAUAUUGGCACCCGAACGACUUAGUACAGUAAUUAGGUAUUUUCCUUGGUAUUCUUUAUCAGAAAUAACCUGCCAAAUAAAUGAAUGGUUUUAUUUUUCUUUAGUUGAGCCUAACGGGGUUGGAUCUCCUUCAUCAAAUUGUAGACAGGCUUGGAGCAAAUUUUCGCAGUCAUCUCUUACCAGGUUAGCGAAUAAAAUAUAACUUUAUACCUAGAGAGGGUAAUUAGGACAGUUAAUUUACAAGUAAUUUAUUCUCCAUGCUGUGUUGUUGGUGUUAUUAGAAACCAAUUCGUUUUUUUUUUGUUUGAAAACGGAGACAAAGCUUUAAAAAUUUUGAAUCCAUUGAUGUUAAGCCUGGACUCUUCAGAUUCUAAAUAAACGCCGGUUAACUAUAUGCGCCGUGUUGGCAUAUAAGCGCUUUUGUUUACUCAUAGCUUUGAUUCGCAGGUAUUGCCUUGAGAAAUACAAAUGCCAUGUAAAUGCGAACCCGAGUCUUGUAAAAACUUGAUUUUUAACUUUGAUUUUCUGGACAAAUACAUAAAUUCAUCUUUAAAAAUUCAGAGUGGCAUAGAUGUUAUGUUAGAUCAUUAAAUAUAAAUCGUUUUCUGGUGGAUAAGACGUAACAACAACAAGUACCAGGGCUUGUUUUGUUGAAAGCGAAUUAAUUGUCGUAAUGUCAGAGCACAAAUUACUGUUUCUGUCAAGGCAAUUUGUACCUAUAUCAUUUAGAAAUUUCAGUUAUAAAAGUAUCCCGAUAAAUCCUUGGCGUAAUGUUUAUAUGAGUCCCUGCUGUUGGAUGUUUGCAGAUGAAGUGUCAAUUUCGUUAAUUUUAUUGACUUCAAAGUUAAGAACAAUAGUCACUUAGUCACGAUAUAAAGGGAAUAAAAUUCCUUUAUUGGUUGGAGGUUUUAAUUAUAGCCUUAGAAGUAUGUGGUUUAGGUUGUAACUCAUUUUCAUGAAUUGGAAAAGGUCUUAGAUGAAAGCAAGAAUGAAGAUGUGGUCUUUCAUAUUUAGAACUUUGUUUAACUGAAAUAUAAAUGACCUCUUUCCGUUCCACUUUUCAUUGAUAUCGGUUUGUAAUCGUCCGCCAUGUUGCCUGUGAUACGAAAUUGCAUAAUUAUAUGAUAAGGUAUAUACCUCACGCAAGUGUUGUGUUUACUUGGUGUGAGAAAUGUUUGCAUAUUGUAUAAGAUUGUGUUAUUGGCCUCUGCAUAGCAACAUUAGUGGAAUACGCCUGAGGUAUACGUGCAAGCUGACCAGUGUUUAUGGCCGGCAUUGUAAGCUACAUAUAUAUGUAGGUGAAAUCCUUUAAAAUGUAUUUGUUGUUGUAUUUACGGUCAUUGACUGACAAAAUGUUUUCUACAUUUUCAAGUCUCCUAGCUGUUUGCUUUAGAGGGGUGCAGAGCUUAAAAUAAACCUAUUUUUAGAGGUAUCAGUAUCAUAUAAUCGUUUUUUCAAAAUGCAAAGCCAUUUAUAUGUUUGUAUAACAUAGUAAGAUUAACUCUAUAAGAUGCAAUUGUAGUUGCUUGACUGCAAUAAGGGUAAAAAUUCUUUAAUAUUGUUGUCAAAAUUUGGCAAUGACUAUUGAAAUUUACUUAAAACAAACAGUGGUAGAUAACUUAGUGCUUUUACAGUCAUGUACAUGCAUAUGAAAAAUGCAUUUUUGUGGUGGAUUACUGUGACUUUGUUGUAGAUUUUGCUAAAUAUUUUGUUGUACCUCUGCAUGCAGGUAUAAAUUUUAACACAUUAGUACAGUAUCUGCAAAGUCUGUGUUUUCUCAACAUUUUCACUGAGAUGUCUCUAAGACAAAACUCGGCAACUUGCAUGCUGUAUAUGUUACAGGUCAAAAUUGAAUUCAGGUUAAAAUUUUUAACCUUGGUUGAUUCUCAGUGAAGGUUAAAAAAAUUUAAGCAGAAUAUAAUUUUGACCUGUAACAUCUACAUCCAUAAUUUUCUCAAGUUAUUUUAUCAUUACUGAAUGUCUAGCGCAAAUUUUGAAAGCUUAUUUUGUUUAGGGAAGUCAAUACUGUUUCAAGGCUGGUCUGUAAAAAAAUGUUAAUAUCUACAGUGCAUAAGCAGCCCGAAAGCUCUGACCCCAACCUGAGUCCAGUUCUAUAAGGGGGAUGUUUGGGGUGAUGAGAACUGUAAUAUCAUGAAACAAAAUCAUCAGACAUACCCAAACCUGACUUUAUGGAUACUGAGGGACAGAGCCUAACAUUUGGAUUACAGAGCUGUCUGGAGUAUUCAGUUAGGAAAUGUUUGAAGUUUGCUUUUUUAAGGACUCUGUAAUUGAGAGGCAUAGUCAUACCCGCUUUAUGGACACCCGCUUAAAACAGACACCUCAUUAUUAUGGACAAAAAAAGUUAAUUUUUUUUACUCGAAUCCCAGUAGGGCCAUUUAUACGAGGAAAAAUAAGACGCGUCUUAAAUAAGACGCGAACUGUACCAUUUAUACAAGAAUGUCUUAUCUAAGACGAGAACAGCUCGUAUAAAUGGUUCGCGUCUUAUUUCUGUUCUUGACUCGUUUUCAUGUGAAUGUUGCCCGUAGCAAUGGCAAUCCAACGUGGCACGCCAAAAAUUAACGCAUGCGUACUAUGCGUUCGACGUGAAGGUCAUUUGUACAAAGUUUUUCUCGUCUUAGCUAAGACGCGUCUUAUCUAAGAACAGGUGUUAAGGGCUGUUCCAAAAUAAGACGCGUCUUAUUUUAGAUGAAAUGUGCCGUUUAUACGGAAAGUUCGCGUCUUAUUUAAGAUGCGUCCUAUGUAAGACACGUCUUAUUUUUCCUCGUAUAAAUGGCCCUAGUGUUUCCUUGGCUCUGCCUCAUGAAACAUUGAGAUUCUUGCGAAACAAAAUGAAUUGUUUCCCUUGGCACUAGUCAUCAAUAGUAUAAUACUAUUGGGAAUCUUGAAUUCAGAAUCAUGGAAGAGAAAAACAAUAGCUUUUUUGAUUCUGAUUUGGAGACAAUACCAGGGCUUUAUAGUAUAUGGCUAUAUGCAUGAUAUUUAGAUUGAAAAUUAAUAUUGUCCAAUAUCGGACACCAGUGUGAAGUGGCAUAGUCUGAACAAGAUGUAUACAUGUAAAAUUGUACUUGUGCCUCAAUGUUACAUUUAAGUUCUAUCUACAAUGCUCUGUAUGAAUAUUUACUGAUGUAGCCAGAGAAUUAAUCUCCAUAUUUCUUUUGGCAGCUUUUUUCAAUGUAUUCAACCCUUUUGAGAAAUCUACUUUUAUAGGAACUUAGGUAAAUCUUUUUACGUUGGAUUUUUGCGUAGGGCAUUUAAGUUGAUUGAGUCUGUCUGGUUCAAAUCUAGUCAUCAAAAAAAUAGUAUGAUGGCCAAUUUAAUAGAUUGGUUGAUAAAGUCACUUAAAGGAAAGAUUAUUUCAAUUUUUAGGAUUGCUUUAAUAUUAAUGUUUUUUAGUAAGUCACACCUACAUAAAAAAGCCAAUAGGCAGAAAAAAAUUUUUAACUGAAUGUGACAUCUUAUUCUAAAAUUGUCUGUUUUAUUAAAAUGCAAGCGGAAUGAUUAAGUGCUGUCAGAUGAUUCCAUACCUAUUUUUCAAAAAUAUUGUAGGUACUGUAGUUGUAAUACCAAAAUAUUGUAACAUUUUACAUAAAUUUGCAUUAGAAGAAAAAUUAUAUUAAUUGUAGAAAAAAGUUGAAUUGCUUUAUCUCGAGGAGCUGCAUAUGCGCUGUGAGACAAGAGCUAGUGGCAGUAAAUCAAAUAUUGUUCAAAGAUUUCUUUAUUAAUCAUGGAUUAAGGAAAUACUGUAAUUUUUAAAACUUGGAAUAUGUUGACAAAAUUAGGAAUGAUAUAAGCUAUGUAUAAACUUUAUAUCAUGCUAUGACAGCUGAUCUUUUGUAAUUAGCAUAAAAGGGCUUUGUCACUGCUCUGAGUCAAAUAUCGUAUGAUUAUCGAACACAUUGCUGCUCUGUGCUUGGCUUUGGUAUUCAUGUGAAGAUGAUACUAACUAUAGUGUAAGAUCCUUGCUCAUACUCUUAGCUAAAAUAGUCACUGUUUGUGCUUUUGAUUAUGGGUAUAUGUUUAUUCUUUUCAUCAUGCAUAUGGCUAAAGAGAAAUUCCGUGUGUACUUUAUUUUUUUAAAAGAACACUAAAAAUGUCGUGGCUUUUAAAUGUGCUAAUCAUUAAUCACAUGUUCAAGUAAAAUUCUCUCUAUUUGUUGUUGAAUUUUGAAACAAAUAUUUGCCACUCCUCAGGACACCUGUGUUUGGUAGUAAAAUUUUGGGAUUAGUUUUUCUUUCCUCUUUGCCAUUAAUAUCCUUUUUGUUAUUUUGCAUAAAUUUUUCAACAAAAUAGUCUUUUUGGUUUGUGACAACAGAAUAUAAAAAGGAAUGUUUGUUGGUGUCAUUUUAAGGGUGUUUUCAGUCAAGUUUUUAGUUUGCUAACUUGAUUUACCUCUAGUCUAUCUUAAAUUAUUGUAUUCCAUACAUAUUGGUGUGCAUACAUUAACAUCUUGAGUAUAGCUGGAAACAAUAUACAUGUUGUGACACAAAGUCUUCUUUGGUUUAAAAGUUUUCAAAGUAGUUUAACUUUUCUUUUUCUUUUGGUAGCUUUUAAUAUUGAUGUGAGACAAAAUUAAUUUAGCUCAAGCCAAAGAAAAAAUUGAACCACAAUGUAAGAUAGAAAAAGUAACUUUGUUUUGUGUCAUGAUUUAUGAUCAGCUUGAACAGUAUACAGGAAUCAUGUAUAACUUGUUACUUAUCAGCGAUUGUGACCUUAAAAAAUUGCAUAAAAAUACAAAUACUGCAUCAGAAUAUGUGUAUGUGUAAUCAAAUGGUGAUGAGUGAAAUUUGGGUAAAGGCUCGGGAAAUUAUUAGGAUUUGGACAAAACGCAAGUGAAAUUAUUCCCUAAUUUCACGAGUAUUCCAUUUGAUUACCUAUUAAAAUCAUGGGUGACGAAUUACGUUAGCAAUCUUGGAUUUUUGACAUGUUUAUGCUGGAUCACAUCGAUCGAGAACUUCCCUCUCUCGAACAUUUAGAGCUUAAAUUUGGCUUGAGUUCAGAAUUUUUCAACAAAAUACCUGUUAGUAUCCUUCUUGAUGUGCUCUUUCGUGUGUUCAGGUUUUUUAAGGCAUCUUUUUAUGCCCUGGCAUCUUCGUUCAUGACAUUUUGAAACUUCGUCGCCAUCUUGACACUGAGACGUACGUAUGGUUGCCAUGGCAAUUUUUGUAAUUUCACAUGUGAAAUUACAAAUUAUUGCUGAAAUUUCGUGCCAAAAUUCAGGAGUAAUUUGUCACCUAUGAUAUUAGUUCUGAAAUGGCCCAUCAUUACAUUUAGUUUACUAAAGGGCCAGCCUCUUCUUUAAGGUAGCCGUUUCUUUCAGCUUAGGUUAAUGAGAGAGCAUAGCUUGCUUUCCAGAUAAAUUUAUAAUGUAAAUUGAUUUUAUUUUUGGGUUUUACAGUAGUUGGAGUGUGCGGUGUUAUUUUGUGUGAAUUUGUAUAGGUAAUAGCAUGAUUUGUAGUGAUAUUUGGCGUAAAUACCACGAGUGAUAUUUCAAAAUUGUUACACGUAAUUGAAAUUUGAGACAACUUUGAAAUAUCAUAAGUGGUAUUUAUGCCGAAUAUCACAUACAAAUCAUGCUGUUAUUUGUUUAUACUACUACCUACAAAAGGUUUGUAAUUUUCACAUGUAGGUAUUUCAAAUUAAGCUGAAAUACCACUGCUGUAGUAGUAUAAGCCUUUAAAUAGUUGUUUAUCCUGAAUGUACCCUCACCUGUACAAAAAAGUUAACUGAUGCAAAAUACCCCCAAAAAACUGAAUUUAAUAAUAAUAAAAAAAUAACCAAGUUUGCUGACAUUGCAGAAUUGAACUUCAUUUAUUUAUUUAUAAACUGGUUUAAUAACAGCAUUUGAUUGAUGGGAAGUGUGUGUGCAAUUUUCAAAAUCCUUUUUGCUUUUUAUAAACUUGUUUAAUAACAGACGCAUUUGCCCCAAAAGCUUUUUGAUGGAACAGUUCUUGUGUCAUCACUUCCUUUGGAAGACAUAGCAAAACAGACACUACUUUGUACAUGUAUGUGGGGGAUUGAAAGAUUCUACUUAAAAUUUGAGGUUGUCUAUGAUAGAAGUCAGCCAUAAAACUGAUCCUUUGCCUUUUUUUGUUACAGUUGUUCCAGCCAUUAUUGAAAGACUAGGAGAUAGUAAACAACAGGUUUGUUUUUCCCUUCAAGAAGGCUUUGUACUUUUAUUCAGUCCAAUCUGCUCCAAAGCAACUGUCAUAAAAUUUGUGAAAAUUGAAACGAUGGGAGCCAUCACUAAACCGAGCGAAACAUAAAAAUACUGUAAAAUUCCGAAAAUAAGCCCCGGGCCUUUAUUUUUCAAAGGCCCUUUUUGAGGGGCUUAGUUUUGGAGGGGCUCAUAUUCAGAGGGGCUUAUGUACGGAGGGAAAUUUACGUUUCAAAAUCGAUUGGACUACCGUAAAGUUCUGAAAAUAAGCCCAAGGGCUUAUAUUUUUCAAAGGCCCUUUUUGAGGGGCUUAUUUUUGGAGGGGCUUGUCUAUGCAGGGAAAUUUGCAUUUUAAAAUCGAUUGGGCUAGCCUUAUAGUGGGAAGGAAAUUGACUGUUUUUGCUUUAUUUUAGUUUGAAUUUGAGGGCAAUUUCCAAGUACAAGCCCCCGGGGGGCUUAUAUUCGGAGGGGUGAUUUAACGGAGGGUUUUUUGCGUUACGAGUUUGGGGGGCUUAUAUUUGGAGGGGCCUAUACAUGGAGGGGCUUAUUUUCGGAAUUUUACGGUGGCUUGUAGUGGGAAGGAAAUUUACCAUUUUUGCUUUGUUUUACUUGGUAUUUGAGGGCAAAUUCCAAGUACAAGCCCCCAGGGGGGCUUAUAUUCAGAGGGGUGAUUUAACAGAGGGUUUUUUGCGUUACGAUUUUGGGGGGCUUUUAUUUGGAGGGGCUUAUUUUUGGAAUUUUACAGUAACCACUCAAAACAAGAAAAGAAUGUAUAAAUAACACAGCAAAUGCACAAGGAGGAUCAGAUGGACAAACUUGAAGAAGAUUAAAACAGAUUGCAAGUGUGGUUUUUGAAAAAUUAUUAGCCGAACAGUUUUACAGAGUUCAUUUUUGCCACGGUUAAUGCUUUGUAUAAUGCCUAACAGAUAUAUUUGUUUGACACAGAGCUGUAAUUUUGCCAUUCACAAGUAAUUUCUCAAGGUUGUGCAAAUAAGGAUGUGUAAUGGCAUUGUUAACCCUUUAAGUCCCAAGAGUGACCAAAGUUCAUAUUCUCCUAACAAUAUCAAUACAUAAUCUAGAAAAAAUGUGGUGAGAAUUACUGAAAUGAUCAUCUGAUGGGAAAAGCUUUGAUCAGCAAACAAAUUCUCUCAACCAAUUCUUUAAGGAAAUGUAUGAAGAUCAGUCUGGAGAAUUUGUAUUUGGAUAUUGUGGCUUAAAAGGUUAAUAAAAUGAACUACAAACCUGUGUUACAGCUGUGUCACAAUAAAUCGUAUCACAACCUCUUUAAUGAUUGCUUUAUAACAUAAGCCACAUUUGUGUCUAGGUGCGUGAUUCUUCUCAAGAUCUGCUCCAGAAGUUUAUGAUUGUAUCUACUCCUCAGGUAACUGAUGAUCCCGUUUUAUCUUUUCCCAUGUACAGUAGAAUCCCAACUUCUCAAACCCUCAGUUUUUUUAAUUUCUGACAAUUCAAACAAACCUGACUUCCCUUCACAAGUUAGCACAUGCAUGCAGAAGUAAUUCUUCUCAUUUUUUCGCUCCACCUGAAAAGUUACAGAAAUCGUUCGGCAGCUCAGGUUCGCAGACAUUACUUUUCAGGUGGAGGGGAAGAAUCUGGUGAUCUUGAAUAAUCAGGGUUAGGAAGCAAGGAAAAUUGCUAACAAGUGAGCAGGAUGAAAAGUGUUUUACAUUUUUUACUUUUUUUUUCUUCCACAGCAUGUUCUUGAACAGUUAAUCCCUGCAUUUGGUCAUAAGGCGUGGCGAGUACGAGAAGAAGUGCUUCAUUGCCUGGUUACUUCUCUUAAUGAGUGAGUUACAGCUCUUAGGACCCUGUUGUUUGAAAAAUUAUAGUUGAACUGCUAAAAUGUUCUACUUGUAUUUUUUCUUUGAGAUUGCCUUCUGUUUGCAAAAUGGGACAAUAAUUUUUUAUUUAAGGUGUCCAUUAACCCUUGCCUCAGAUAUAAACGUCAAGAGAAACAAAAUCUUGACAAGCUCAUUAGAAAUUGAUGAUAAAUUAGGGAAGUCACCAAACUCAUUUUCCAGUUGUAUGUGCUUAAAGCUAACAGUUUAGACUGUUGCUAUGCUAACUUAGAAUGCAGUGAUCCAUUAUUAAAGAAGAAGAGAUGAAGAAUAUAUAAUUUCAUUUAAUUUAUCUGUACUCACCCAAAUGAUCAUAAUUAUUCCGCCUAUUUAUGAAAUGAUUCCUGGGUUCAAUCCCUUUGUCUGAGGCCUUUGAAGGGGAAGAAGUUACAGGUGACAUGGCCCUGAAAUCUGGUGGCAAUCCUCUCGGAAAGACAAUUGACAGAAAAGGAGGAAGGAAUUGUGACUGUGACAAUCCAUUUUUAAGUAGUGAAAGCGACAUCUGUUCACUUUUGCAUUUUGGUUGUUUCAGCAGCGAAAAAAACAAACUCUCUUCCGUUAUUUCCAAACAUUUUUGGAUAUUUUCUUUUGAAUUUUUUUCUGGUGUUGUUCAAGAAUGGUCCCAAGGGAGAGACGUCAAUGCAACUUAUUCUUCCUAGGCAUUACAACUGUAUAUCUGUCUUUAAUUCCAAAAAAAUUGAGUAACACAAAAAUUUAUGCUGAACCAACAGUGACAUUUUGUCCUUAGCUAAAAUGCGAUGGUGACCUUUUUUCCUAACCUACCUAGUAACAGGCAGUCCCAGAAAUGACUGACAAAGCAACAGCAUACCACCCCUCCCUUGGAAGGCCUCUUCACUGUACUACCAUGCCUACAUGUUAGCCAUCAGGAGGUGUCUGUUAUCAGUAGUUUAACUGUACCUCUGGCUGCCCAGUAUGAAUAGAAACCUGCAGCCUCUUGUCAAUGUUUUAUUGACGGACACUGUUUUUGACUAUAUACAGGUUUGGUGCACCAUCUCUGACUGUAUCUAAGUUUGUACCACACAUUUGUAAGCUUCUUGGAGAUCCAAACAGCCAGGUAACCUUGUUAAUAAUAAUAAUUAUCAUACAUUGUGCUCACCAGCGUGCAAAGAAAGUAGUAUCCUAUAGCCUCGGGCUAGUGGAUUUUGCUAUCGGGCUGGUGAAUUCUGUUAUUAACUUGCUUGACGGGCAAGUGAAGUUUUUUGAGGUAAUAUUCAAAUUACAGAAGAACUGUGAAAUCAAUCUGCUCAUCAAAACAUUUUUGGGGCUAGUUGAAAUUAUAUUUGGGCUAGUAAAAUUAUGUUAGCUUCAGCUUGCCCAAAUGGCAAGCUGUAGAUGACUUUCUUUGCACCCUGCUCACGAUCAGUCCUUUUCAUUGGCUAAGAGCCUACAGUAAAAUUUGGAAAUCACGCAACCUACAGAUUAGUCAGUUAUCUGUUAAAUCUGUAUGUUGUACAUGCAACGUAUGAUUUUCAAGAACAAGUUGUCAUUAUUUUCUUCCAAACAAUGUAUAGUAAAGCAAUUAUCAGAUUUAUCAGUUUUGUAACAUCCAGAAUAAUCAAGGUCCCGGUAAGCAUUAUCAGUCUUGGCCUCCGGCUUGGCUGAUAACACUUACCUUGACUUUGGUGAUUCCAGAUAUCACAAAAACCUCAUGCAGUAAUAAUUUGUUUAUUAUCUACUUCUUAUGGAUCACAUUUUUAGAGUAGUAGGCAAGGCAGUGGCGGGGGAAUAUUUGAGCGGAGUAUUAAACAAGGAAUAUCCAUAACCUGAGAAUAGAAAUAAAAAACUUGAAUUCCAGCUUGUCCUUUGGGCAAGAAGCUCUCACAUUCUGCUUGCCUAGGGCCACAUGUUGUUCUUCAUAGUUUUAUUGAUGAUUUGUUAGAGGAUGCAGGGCUGUGCUCUAGCAGAGCCCAUUGGCCCCUGGCACCCACCUUUUGCUCUUAGAUGACUAGGAAAUCUUAGUUUUUGGUGGAAGUCAUCUGCUGGGCACCCUGGAUUUUAAAGGUUCAGAGGUACUGGGUUUCCUUUAAUUUUUUUUAUAGCACAGCCUUGGGAUGACUUCCCUAGAACAGUUAUUUGCCCAUCAAGAAAAGCCAUGUGUCCCGGACAUGACUUUUUUGGGCCCUGGAGUGGCAUGCACAUUUUAGAUUUUGUUUUAGUCAUCUCACAGUUUGUUGCAGACUAAGCUAAGCUUGUUGUGUGUGUUUUGUUUAGGUUCGAGACAGUGCCAUCAACAGCUUGGUUGAAAUUUACAGACAUGUUGGUGAAAAAGUUCGAGUUGACCUGAGUAAAAAAGGAAUACCAUCAUCAAGGUUAGCACAUGGCAAUUUCUUUUCUGAUCAUGAACUGAAAUUACAUAAUGGAAACUGGUUAAUGAUUGUCCAAUUAUCCCUCCUGCAGUGGUUUUGGGGUUUCUUAUAAAAUUUAUCGUGUGGGAUUUUGUGUUUUCUCUUUGCAUUACCAUUUUUGGUUUCUUUUUUUCUGUUUUGGGUUUUUUGUUUCUGUUUCUUAUUGGCAGUCUUACUAUUGUUUUAGCUUCAAACAGUUUUCUGCCUUUUCUCUUGGAAUCGGUCAAGUUCUCAUUUUAGCUCUGAGUACAUUUGCAAACAAUGACAUGGCAACUAGAGUAACUCUGAAACCAGAAGCAAGAGACUGCUCACAACCUACAAGCAGUUCACUUCUCAAAGGCUUAGUGCUGCAAUCUACAUGUAUAAGUUCUUUGUGAUACACUUGGGACGCUUUUUUUAUUUACAAUCUAUAUUUCUUCCCUUCAUUUGUUAGAGUUACUUAAAUUUUCAUAUUUUUUCCCUGCCAAUUAUCUUUAAAACAGUUGUUUAAACGUUUUAUCUUUGUCAUGCAUGAUUUUGUUUUCUUGUUGUGUGGUGGUUAAGGGGGACAGGGGUUGGGGGGAUGGAGAAGGCAUGUUUUAGCUGAGGAAGUGACAGGUUUGGAUCAUGCAAUUUUUAUUAAAAGAUUACUUACCAGGCCAGGAGAGUGCAAUGUUAAGUGGGCAAUGUUCAUUUUGUCAGAAUAAGUGACCCAUAUAAUUUAUGUUUUUCCUUUACUUUAUUUUCAAAUAAACCACCCUGCAGUGUUUUGCAUCCAAUUGCUUUAUUUUUUUCAAAGUUAGCAAGAGUUGAGAACAAUAAGAACAUGCUUUGCACACCUCUACGGUUUACUUGAUGUUGGUUUAUCUUAUUUUAAAACCCCCCCUAAGAGAUAGUUCCGUCAUAUAAACUCUAAAGUACAUUUUUCUGUACUUUUCCCUUUAAUUCAAGUGGGCUGAGAUGCAGGAAAUAUUGUAGUUCUUGUCAUGAUUGUUACACAUUAAUACUUAUCUUGUUUACUGGCUAGGCCAAGGAUACAUUUUAAUACCCAACUUUAGGUAACCUGUUUUCCAACAUUUUUUUGACAGAUUGUCAAUUAUUUACGCCAAAUUUGACGAGGUAGCCCGAUCAGGAGAUAUGAUUGCCAAUGAAGCCAAUGGUAUGAAAUUUAAUCUUAAAGAAAAAUAAAUGAAUCAACUGAUUAAAACCCUUACUAGGGAUGAUGGAUAAAGCUUAAAAGGUUACGUUUAACUCUUUAAUCCCAAUGUCCUUUCUCCUCUUUCGUAUUAUAACAAGAGAGCAGAAAGAACAAGUUGCUCAGACAAGUACUAAUCUAUUCUUGAGUAAUCAUGCCUUAAAUUCCUAUAGCCUCUCUCAUUGAUUACUCACUGCAAGGAGAAAUUUGGUAAUAUUCACUUAAAGGGGUCUAAUUAGUUUAAUUGAAAUAGGUGCACUGUUGUUUGCUGUGCUCCCUGGUGGAACCACAAAAAAAAGAUGUAUAGUUGGAGAAUUGUCAGGAAUUGCCUCUGGGAGUAUUCUUGAUUCAACCUCAGUAACAAUUCUCUCUUUACCUCCUUUGGGGCAAGAAAUACAUGUUUUCUCUGUGAGCUCCAGCUGGUGUUAAAGUCACAGGAAUUCACAUUGUUGAAUUUAUAGUAGUUUUUGUUGCCUGUUGGAGAGUUUUAAGGGAUACACGUAUGCUAAAAUAUUGUUUCUGUCAUAAUUUUUUGGGUUCCCCCCUCUAGGACUGCAUUUUUGUUUUUGCUUUGACGAGAUUCUUAUUCGUUUUUGCUGUUUUUGGUCUAUAACUUGUAAUAGACAAUCUUGAGCGUCCCUUUUUUAUGAGAUUAGAGGACUGAGAAAGUUGAUGACUAAUGUGAGAAAUAAUCAGUUGUGAAAACAAAUGUGAUCAUAAGACAACAAUCUUAGUGGAUUUCCAAGUUAUUUGAAAUUUUUAUCCCUUCUACUUGUGUGAAGUAAAACUUGCAAAUUAGGUAAUGUUGACAAGUAGGAUAAAGUGGUUUGUUUAUAAUUUACAUUCCAAUGAUGCCGGGAAAAACUUUUUGUUUCUAUCUCCAUAUCAUACUCUGUGUGUGUAUUGUGAUCCUUGUUUCUAUAUUUAGUGUUAUUAAAAGAAAGCCCUGAGUCUCAUAAAGAGCCGGUAUUUUUUGUUUCAAGAGUUUAAGAAUAAUAGCAUUUUAUAUUGUUUGUAAUUUAUAUGUUCCUUAUUGUCCUUAUUCAGUGUUGUGUAAACCACAUGAUUUUAGUUCUGACAUUCUUCUCUGCAGUCAUGCAAUCAUGAAUAUUAUGUAUCUGGCAAUUUUGUUGGUAGAAGGCACAACAAAUCUUUUGCUUUCAGGUGGACAGUUUUUGUUCAUUGCUAAAUAAUAGAACAGGAGAGCUGAAUAUUUUACACAGCUGUGUGGCGUCUGCUUUGGUGUUGUGAACUCUUGUGAAUUUACAUAAUACAUACCUUACGUCUAGUUUAUAUUCCAUCUUAAAAUUACCCUUCUAAUUUGAUAAAAAAGCAUGCCUUCCAUUUUCUCUAUCGCAUAAAAGAAUCAGUUUUUUAAAUAGAAGAGAAGUAUCAUCGCAAACUCUUAUUAAUAAGUAAUUGCUCUGACUGCUUUCAUGAAAUAUUAACUUUUGCUCUCAAUCCUAUUGGCUGAAAACACUUUUAAAUUCAUUUUCAGUUAGAUGCAAAAUAGGAUGAAGUUUCACUUAUAUUUCUGGCUGAGAAAAUAACUGCACCUGUAUGCUUGUUGUUUUUCUGAAGUAGCCACUCAACUGAGCUGUUAUAAAGUAGAUUUUCCAGUAUAUAACAUCAAGUUUUAUUGGCUGAAGGAAGGGAUGAGUGAGAGAUAAUUUGUGUGCUUUUAGCAAGAGGCAUUAUGAAAACCAACAUGGCUUCUUCUGUGUUUGUUCAUUGAGCAUGGAACAAAUUUUGCAAUUAUGACUUGACAAUCUGUCUGUGCUCUGCUUGGAAUUGUGUGAAAGCGACCUUGUUUUCUAUAGCGCAAAAUGUGGCUUGAAUUAGUACAUAUGGGUAGAAAACCAGGCUCUGUGAAUGCGUGGAUGCUGUAGUGUUUUGCUUGUUGGUGAGCCAAGAUAUGGUGGAUGACCUUUUGAGCACUGAUGGCAUUUCUAAAGAGUAUCUGAUGAUUUUGAAGCAGAUCGAAGACUACUGUAGUAGAGGCCCAGAAAUUGACUUGGAUUUACAAAGGAUUGCAAAUGGUAAUGUUUCAAAUCUUGUUUUAAAUCAACUUUCCAUUUCAGCUGAAACAUAAUAUUUCAUAUUCAUGAUCCAUGUUGUAUUAUUGCAUGACAUUUUGAAGACCAGACACCCUAACCUAAAUUUGCAUUUCUAAACUUUAAGUGAGAUUACUGUGCUAGAAAGAUUAUUUUGUCAGCAACUUAUUUAUGAUGCGACUGUACUGUUUGAUUUCAGUUUCAUGGAUAACAUUUGAAUGUUUGUGUUCAAUCAUGCAUGUAAACGAUUGAAUGUAUUUUUUCUUUGCUCUGCCUUAUUUUUCACCUUACAUUGUUUUUGAAUUAUUUUAUUUUGUGUUCACUUGGAAUUGUGGUUAUAGUUGUGACAUUUUAGAGAGUUGUUGACAAAAUGGUAUAUUCAAGAUGCUGAUAGUUGCCAAAAUAUGAUAAGAAGAAAUAGUUUUACAGUCAUGCACAGCUGUGUGAAUUUUGUAAACUAAAUUACAGAAAUCUAAUUUGACAUUUUCUCCUUUGUUCUGUGGUUAUAGCAAAACAUAUAAUUUAAUUGUUCAUUAUUUCUUUGUGUGUUCAGCUGUAAUGCAAGUUUAAAGAUUAUUUUCUUCAAAGUUGUAUGUGAUGUUCAUAUAUGUAGAUUUAAAGAUGAAAAUGUCUUAAACCACAUCUGUAUUUACUCUUUGCAUUAUAGAUCUCUCUGCUACUAUAGCACUGCUUGUAUUUAAGUUCAGGAUUUUCUACUGACAGUGCAUUUUUAGUAGAUUUACUGUAUUUACCAUUCUUUAUUUCUUUGAAAAUCUGCACCUUACGUGUAAUAGCACAGAAAAGUUUAUUUUACCACUUCAGUGAUAUCACUAUUUUGCCUUUGUGAGCAAGGCUUUGAAGGGUUGGCUGUAUUCAUUCCUCUAGGGAUGUAAACCUGGUCUGAAAGUUUAUAUUUACAUGUAUUAUAUAUAUUUUGACUGCAUGGAAAGUGAUUUAGAAGUUUGUUUGGAAUUCAUAAAAUCAAGAAGAGCAACUUGUUAAAAUCCUUUAGCAAGUUGCUCUUCUUGAUUCCUUUCUAGGCAUUUUCAGUCUAGAUAGAUACGUUUUAUGUUUGCUUUUAAAGAUAGAUUUGAAUUUGUGUUGAACCACCACUCUGUAUACAGGUAACAGUAAUGUCAUUAAAACGUUGUCACUCAGUAAACUGUAGAUAUAAGCUACAGAGUCAUGAUAUCAUAAUAGAAAUAUGGAUAUUCCCAACCGAUAUUGAUAUUUUAAGUACGAUCAUAUUGCUUGUGAAAAUAAGGCCUUGUCUUGAGGUCAGUCUUAGGUUCAUGUGGAUAAGAUCUAGGAUAAUGUCAGGCUAUUUUUGUUUGUUAUUUAUACUUAUGAGAGUGGUUAAUUAUAUUUGGACUCGUAGGGCAAUACGUGCCAGUAUGAUACAUGUUCCUUUCAUAUCAUUUUCAGGCAUAUCCAUUUGCUGAUAAACACUUCACAGUAGACAAUAAGAUUGACCUACUUCACAGCUUUUUUUUCACAGCGUGAAACAGAACACUAGAAACGAGAAUAGGCCAUUGUUUACAAUAGUUAUUUUAGUCACACUUGGUUUUGAUGAAAGUCAUGCAAUGAGUGUGUUACAAUAGUGAAGGUCUCCAAGACUUGAUGACAGUUUUGUAAUUACAUUAGCAAAACGGAUAUUUUGUACAGUAUAUCCUGAGAGAUAUAAGAGCAUCCUUCUUGGAUAAUAUUACAUUUUAAUUGUCUUAACUUUGUGUCUGCAACAUGGAGUUUUCACAUUUCUUGUUAUUUAAUAACACUUAAACAACCCAUGCACUUACACUCUAAAAUUUACAUUAAGUUACUUAAAAUUACAAUACCUUACAAUAAAUUACAAUACAUUGCAUUACAGUCUUGCCACAAACCAACAAAGUACAAUAGCGUGUAAGUCUUAGUUUGAGUAAAAUAAUUGAAUCAUGAUAGUAAACAAACUUCUUGUCAAUUAGAGGUUUCCAUUUUUUGUAUUAAAAGUGAUAUUCAGGUGAAUUAGUACUUGUUGAUGUUUGUUUUUCUAUCUCAGCUUUGUUUACACUACUGUUUGAGAAACACUUAAUAUCUCGGGCUCUUCUUUUAUACAGCAGCAGUAAUAGACUUUUAUAGUAUUUUGCAAGCAGUGAAAGGUGAUUAGGUAACUUACUGAGGUGGUUGUUAACAGUAAUACCAUACAAGAUUUUCAUGGCUGAUAAUUCUAGCUGAAUUGAUGGGUGAUUCUCGUACCAGUCUAGAAAAGCUAGGAGUUAUCACGCAUUUCUUGGUGUCUCUGAAUUCAAACUGAAACAGUUUUAAUGAAAACUGAAAGAAGACAGCAAGGAAGUACUGAAGGCUCAUUUUAUUACGAUCAAAUGUUGGGUUUGGAAAGUACAGACAAUCAUUCCGUUCGAGGGAUUGUCUGUAUCUUCUAUACCCAAAGUUUUAUUUUGCUCUGCUCAUAUUUGCAGUUGAGGACAAAUACUACAUGUAACAACUUCUGUACCAUGACCUUGUUCAUUUGUUACAUAAAUACACUUCUAAUCUUGACGUUGUUUUUGAAGUUAAAACACUGCCAAAAAUGUUGCCCUGCUCUCAGCAAGAUAACAAAAGUAUGAAAUGCUCUGUUUUCUUUUUUAUUCAACAAAUGGUACCACAGAAAGUUUCAUUCACCAAAUGAUUUCUUCUCGAAGGACUUCAGAAAUAGAUCUCCUAAAGAAACUUGACGAAACUGCACGAUUGUAACGUUAUUCUGGUUAUGAUUACUGGCUUUCAUUCAGUACUCUCAGAGAUUUUAUUAUGCAACAUUCUCAAAUACUGGUAGCUGCCGACCUUCAUUUUGUUUAUUAAAAGAUAUUUACUCUAAGACAAGUUAGAUUGCAGUAUUUUAGUUUAAUAAAAAGGCUCUUCAUUUAUGCGGCAUACUGGGCUGUCUAUAGUAGCCACAGCAACAGUAAGAAGGCAUUGGCACUUUUAUAGCACAAAACGAAGUGGAACUGUGCAAUUAACUGAACUAAAAGUACCGUUGAACUUGCUCUAUGUAAGCGGAUGCCUUUGGGACCAGACAAAUUGCCUACUUAGGACAAGUGUAUGCCCAAGGGAGGUUAAAAGUGCGUUGCUUCUUUGUGGCUGGGACCAUGACUUAAGAUAGGUGUCCACCUAAGGAAGGUUAAAUAUUUACUGUUAAUAAGUGGCUGGGACCAUGAUUAAGUGUCCAUUUAAGACAGGUGUCCACCAAAGGUAGGUUAAAAUAUAGUGUAGGUGUGUGGCUGGGACCAUGACUUAGUGGUAACUUAAGAUGGGUACCAACCUAAGGAAGGUUAAAUAUUUAGCGUUAAUAAGUGGCUAGGACCAUGACUGUGUGGCAAGUUAAGAGAAGUGUCCGCCUGAGGGAGGUUAGAAAUGCAGUCUGCAGCUGUGAUUAAAGGUCGGGUUAAUCUUCGAAUUUGCCCCUUCUGCCACUUAAAUGAAGCUGAACACGAAUUACACUUUCUAUUCAAUUGUAAUCUUUACGAUAGUCUUCGAUCUAACUUUUACAGAAACAGUAGUAAUAGAUAUCUCUUUUUUAAUAAUUUUGACAACAAUGAAAAAACCCUCUUCAUAAUUAUUUAACAAUGUCGAUCCUCAUAUCUACAGACGUACAGCCACUUCUAUACAUUCAUGUAUGGAAUAUAGAGAAAAACUUGUUCUUUGAUUAUAGCCUUUAUUUGAUUUAAGAUUUUUAGCGUAAAUAAGGUAGGUAAUACCAUGUACUCACGUGGGAAUAUUGAAAUAAAGUUGUAAGUGAGGUGUCCAUCUGAGGGACGCCUUUUUUGUAUGUAACUAAGACCAUCACUUAGUGUCUGCUUAAGAAAGGUGUCUGCCUGAGGGAGGUUAAAAAUGCAGCGUUCGCGGCUGCAGCCGUGAUUAAGGAUCGCUUUAAGAGAGGUGUUUGCCGGAGUGAGGUUUUAAAUGUAGUGUCUGAAUGUGGCUGCAGUUGUUACUAAGGGUCGCCUCAAGAGAGGUGUCUACCUGAGGGAUGUUAAAAACGCCAUCCUGUGGUCAGAAGAGACUUACACCCUUAAGUCUGGAGAGUGACUAGCAUCAAACCAACCGUUCUUGGUGAAAAAACUGAUAGGAAUAAAAUAGAUCAGUUUUCUUUGAAUCACUUUCAAUGGUUCUACGAGCAUCAGUAUAUGUUGUGGUUCAAUUUUAUCCUUGGUGUAAAUUUUAUUUUCUUUUGUUUUAGGGUAUGGUAAUGUAUGAUAGUGAGUUCGAAACAAAGGCAAAUAAAAUUUAAACCAAGGAUAAAAUUGAAACACAACAUUUAUACCAGUAACCAGUAAUUUUAUCAGGUAUUUUCCAUGUGUGUCUGUCUUCUUAACUCCAGCCCACUCUGCCGGGUUGACCAAUAAAAUUCAAAACUCAAAAUUUUGUUCCUUCUAUACUUUUUACUUUACAGGUUCUUCAAGAUUAAAUGGCGAAGUGGAGUCUACAGAUGGAGCUAAGGUGAGAACCAGUAAAACCAAAUAAAUAUAGCCCCCCCCCUAGAGAGGGCACGUGUAUAUAGUUUUUGUUAUGUCUGUUGUGUACUUCUUACAAGCGUGAUUUCUUGCAUGAAAGAAAAUAAUUUCGACGUACAAGGUGACGCUUACGUAUCUGACGUAUUAAGUUGCACUACACUUCCAUGCCAUAUAGCACGGCGAUGACUUGAGUCGAAGAAAAUGAAGUGUGACUUCUUGCAUCGACAGUUUCUAUGGAAACUGUAAACACAAGAACUGUGUUUCUUUUCGCAAAAUGUAAUCGUGUUCGACCCUCCCCCCCUCCCUCUCCACAACAAAAUGUUCUUAUGUGACACUGGCUUACAAUGCAAUUAAUUUAUCCUUUCCUUAUAUUACACAUAUUUAUGUGUUCCGUUUUGUUAGUUUCACGUGACGCGUUUGCAACAUCUCACAACUUCCUCACAACGAAUACCGUGAGAAUGUUUGACUACCUCACCGGGCUUUAGGGAAAAGCCUCAUGAAGAUUGAGAGCCUAGUGACAUAAUCUUUCUUUAAAAUUUCAUUGCGUUCAUCUAAUUCUUUAUCCAAGGUAUUACAUACAAUUUUACCAUAAUUUUCACCAAAGAAAGUAAUUUAAGGAGACUGGUUUUUAUGGCUUGAUUUUGAUAAACGUAAACAGGUGCAAGGCUAAGAUUCUUCUAGAAGUAAUUUUAGAAGUAAUAUUGUUGGAGACAGAAAGUCUCGGAUUUUGUAAACAAAUUGGCUAAUACGCGGCACUAAAAUUUAGUGUGACUCUGCAACUGUAUAGUGGCUAUUAAAUUAAAGAAUUUUUUAGUCACCAGAAAUUUCUUUUGCGAGUUGUCCAGUUAUCUGUUUAAUUCUGUUUCCAUUUUGUGCUAGAAUGAUUUCGAUAGAUACAGACAGAGGAGCAGACUUAAUGCACUUUAUUAAAAUUCGAGGGAAUUUAUUCACAGACGGUAUCACGAUCAGUUUACAACAUCAUUUGUAAUAUUUUGCAAGAACGUCAAUCGGUAGAUGGUGUGAAUUGUUUAGAAGAGGAGACUCGUUCUUUAUGAAUGACUGUGAGCAACUGAGUUUGAGCAGUAACAAAUGUUAGAAGUAAGGUUAUUGUUAGCUUUGGUCCUUAAAUAAGUGUAGUAUGUCUGCGGUUUAAAAAUGAUUUCCGCUUUUGUUUUAUUGAUCAGUGACAACUUGAAUGCUAGAACUUUGCAUCGGCAUUAUUUUGAAAGUGUUUCUUAUGUUAGUCCGACUGUCUCGUAGGUUUUACUACCAUAUCAUUAUGUUGUGUAACUAGUUGUGCCUUUUAGUUCCCAAUUUCAAUAUGAUGAUAAAGACAUAUAAACCGCCUGAUUCAGACGCCGAACCUGAUUCUCUGAAUUAAGUACGCGAAAUUUUUCGCGUCUGAAUCGGUUAAACAUGACCGUCGCCGCGUGAAAAGUUUUAUAUCCGAAGGUUUAACCUAGGCCUCGGUUUUGCGGCAUUCGGUGAAAUCCUGUGGUAACUUGUAACUUGAAACCUUUUAAGUAGAAUUUUCACUUGAUGCUGUAUUGGGUUUGCUGUGUUUGCAUAAUCAAUACAGUUGGAAUUUUUCUGAAUAUGUAUUUUGGCUGAGAGUCAAGUGGGCACCUCCUAUUACAAUUUAUAAUCUAGUCUUGAAACUGUUCAUUGCAAGACAGAUUGAAAAUAACAAGGGUGAAUUCUCAGAAAGGCCGAUUUUAAAAAACCUGCGAGGAAAACAGGGGAUGACUACUCCAUUUCAGGUAUAAACUAUUCACAACUUUGAGAGGCUAAUUAUUCUUGUUAUUUUUCAGGUUUCGACAGCAGCACCUUCAAGGGCUGCCUCAGUAAAAAAGGCCGCACCUGCAAGAAAAACAAGCGGAACGAAAUCUUCAAGUUCUUCUAAUUCAGGUAUGACCAAUGCUCAACUAUUAAACGCCUUAAAUAGUCUUAAAUAACAAAACUGGUCCAUUCAAUUGAUUGGAAGACAAGUUUUAGCUUUUUAAAAAAGAUAGCAAAUUGCGUGACACAGCCCCGCUGGGUCACCUUGACUCGGAUGAUGACGUCCACAUAGGUUAUAUUUACGUCCGUUUAUCUCACCAAUGUUCUCAUUAUCCCUAUACGAUAAUAUUCAACCUUCUUAGUAAAUAUUCUUUCUGUUUUUUUUUUCAGCCUCAGCGGGUGCAGUUGAUGAAGCAGACUUUGAGAAUGCUUUUUUCGAGUGCCCGGAUGUUAAGGUUUGUUUAACGUUAAACCACACCUAUAGCAGUUAGCGUGUUCCAGGCUCCGAGAUAGUCAGGUCCGCUGAAUUGAGAAAGUGCGAACAUAAACAAAAAAAACGGGAGGAAACUGGCCCUUCCGUUUUCCGCUUUUUCCCGCCCCGCCAACUUUUUGCGUACCUUUCACUUUCGCGUCUCCCCCUCUAUCUGAGAGCCUGGAACAGGCUAUAUAGGAUUACGAUAUUGGGGUUGUUUGGGACAUAGUGCGAUGACCGACUGUGAUUUGCUGUUCUGUCUGAUCCCUUCACAGUGCUUUCUUUUACGAGCCCAAAAUAUCUAGUUCCCCCACAAUGACGCUAGACUGCAAAACAGUCCGUAUUUUUGCGUAUUCAAGUACGCGCAAGCUGUCAAACAAAGGUCUGGAGCGAGGCUGAAAACGGAGAGCACGAAUCUGGGAAGAGACGCUACGGGCGUGUAAGGCUCGCGCGCUCCGCGCGUGUGAGACUCUUACGCUACGCUAAACCGAUUUCGAGAAACAAACCGACUGUUUUGCAGUCUAAAGUGACGCUGUUUUUAUUAUUUGCCUUUCCCCGCCUUUUCUCUUUAGAACAGUCAACUGAUUUUUACCGAUACUCGUAGCUUGUUGGGCUUAAACCAUGGACCACAAACGUCUUCUGCUGUUACUGACUCUAUGGCUAUUGCUUUUACUUUCAGAUUUAUAACGCUAAGGAUCUGGCGGAAGAAAUGGCGAAAAUACAAACAGUGUUGUCAGAUGACAAGAAUGACUGGGAACAUCGUGUAGCCGCGGUAAGUCUAGCCUAAAUCCAUUAUCAAGCCCCGUCCUUAUCUCUAAUAACCCCCCUCCCCUCCCUCAUAUUAUUUUUCACUGAUAAGUGAUAGACUGUAUCAAUCAAUCACGACUGUAACGCUUUGUGUGGACUGAUCGAGGAUGGUUUAUUCACCAACUGGAAGUUCAGAUUUGUUUUUGAUCCGCGGGUGCAUGACCAGAAACUUCCAACCUCUUGUACUUAAACUUUUCCACUUUGUAUUAUAGUUCUUUAUGGAGAACUGAUACCAUCGUCUUUGCUAAAUGAAAUAAGCCCUCCCUCUCAAAUAAGCCCCCCCGUCUCUAUUAACCCCCUCCCCCCUCAAAUGUGUUUGAAAUAAAUAAGCCCCCUUAAUAGAGGAUUUACGGUAUUUCAUUUGUCGCUUGCAACCAAGGAAAUAGAAGUCUGUACGCAGGCUACGGUAAGCCCUAUUCUUUCUUGUGUCCUCUGGGUUAUCAAAGAGCGGGUGAAAUAUUAACUAGUGGUAAUCACAGAUUAGGGAAGCGCAGUUGUGCAAUUGCAACAGAGUUCACUGUAGUUACCGGUAUGCCCCUCAAAACGGCAGUAGGUGGGGUGGGGUGGGGCGGGACCAGAUCACAGUGUAAGUGCCUAUAAAUCUCUCGAUUUAAUCUUCUUGUAAAGCCACAAUAAAGCAGAUUUGGUUGCGUUCUCCUUCGUCGAACACGAUAUUUGAAACAAAUAUUUCUCUGGCUGGUAUCGCCUGGCCUGCGUGACACUUCGAUUUCUCCAUUAGAGCUUCCAGGUUGCAGUAAACGAAAGGCUUUUUUCGUUUCUGUGCAUCACUUCAUACCUGUUGAACUGAAUUUUUUUAGACCUUUUUUCUUUAUCUUUCCUUUCCUCUAGCUCAAGAAAAUUCGCAGUUUGGUUCAGGGUGGGGCGUUGGAAUAUGAAAACUUUGUUUCCUUGCUGAAACUUCAAGAAGGCGCAUUCAAAUUAUCGGUGAGUGAGUCAGUGGAAUCUGUACGUGGGCCACAAUAUUCCACUUAAGCGUGCCACUGUCAGAACUAACCAAAGUCAACAUGCUAAAAAUAUAUAAUACCAUGUGCAAGUUCUGCUGUGGAGGUUUCAUUUGAAUGGUCACGUAAUAGGAUUUCGUCCACAAACAACCAGUGCAGACGUAUUUUGGGCGGGCGAAAGCUGCUUGUUUAUGUUCGUAUUUUUGUAGCCUUCAUCUUUGAUUUAUGACAGAGGAAGAUUGGGGAGAGAAGAAAUAGCAACCUUUAGCAAAAAACAUUCGCGCGCCCGAAGAAAACGCCUGCACUGCAGGCUACUAUCUGAAAAUAUUACAGAAAUCAACUUUGUUUUUUAAAAUUGAGAUUUUCAUUUACAAGCUAUACCAUGAUGGAAAGUAUUGCUCUGUUCGAAUGGUCACUUCAGUUUUAGUUUUCCGCGAACUAUUGAUAUAGCGAGCCCGGCUUGGUUACGGGUUACACAUUACCUUCAAAAAAGCAGCGUUGAUUUUUUUUAGUUGGAAUCGUUAAAGGCUUAAUGUGUUCGUUACGUUAUUUAACAGUACAUGUGUUUUUACUUUUUAGAUAAAAGACCUUAGGUCAUCUGUUACAAGAGAGGCCUGUGUAACUCUGAGGUGAUAACUUUUACUAUGAAUAUUUGAUUCUCUUGUAAAGGUGUUUUCUUUUCAUUUUCACAUGUACGUGACUCGUUUUAUAAUGUUUUGUUUGAUUUUUACUUGUCUUUUCUUUUGCAGCUACCUAUCUACGUUGCUAAAGAACCAAUUUGAUCACACGGCCGAAGCUAUUUUACCAGCCCUGAUAAAUUUAAUUCUCAAUAGCGCUAAGGUAAAAAAAAUUGUUUUAUUUCUUCUUGGCACCCAGUUUACUCUCCUUUGUAACACGGACACCAUCCUCAAACUGACACGUAGAGUUGAUCCCUGUCGCGUAGACCUUAACUAGAGAGCUUAAGCAUCACGUUUACGUUACGUCAAACGGCAAACGUGAAUUUUUACCACGUGACCAAGUUUCGUCUUUACUUGUCGUUUACUGUUCAUUAUUACUGCACCUAAUUUAGUAGUUUCGCGCAAUUUUUCAUCCAUAAGAAUUGUUUUGAGCUGUUUUUGUCUACUCAUUUUCUAUUUUGAGAAAUUCUCAACUUGAAUCUGACGUUUGCCGUUUGCCGUAUACUUGAAGUUUAAACUCUCUAAUGAUUAGUUUUCGAAACCUCAGCAUAAAGCUUUGACGUAAUUGAAGAAAAUCGUUUGUAGAACGCUGCCUUUAUUUAGGAACUCCUCUUCUAAUAACUCUUCGCGGGAGUUUUUUUGAACGUUCUUUUUUUUGCUGUAGAUUAUGGCAACAUCAGGUCACGCCUGUAUCAGAUUUAUCCUCAAGGUGAGUUUGCAAACCCCCAUGUCUGUGCCACUUCAGUAGAAAAUGUUAUCUGUUUAACAAAUAAACUCUAUUUUGCCGUUUGUCUGUUCAGUUAUAUAUUACAGAUGACACCAACUUGUGAUUAGAACUAAAAACAAAAAACUGAGAUGGCCAAUAUGGAGUUACAGUUUUGGGUCUUUAGUGUAUGUAGCUAUUAAGUUUGAUUAAACCCCUGAGCAACAUUUCACCUUACUUUUUGAUUGAUAACUAUUCUAGUACAUUUACUUCUUUGUGCAAAACUUUCUUCUCAAAGCGGCUUUUAUGGCACAGUUGAGGUUAUUUUUGUAUGUUUUACUUGGAACAGAAUACCCACGCACACCGGCUCAUCCCGAUUAUCACGAACAACCUGACGUCAAAGUCCAGCAUCAUUCGACGGUGAGUGCGGAGGAAACGUUUUACAAAACUCCAUGCCGCAGUAAUGUAAUGUUCAAGUUUUUAGUUUUACCUUGCACAAGUUCUCACGCGAACGCUGUACAUACAAUCUUGGAGCUUGGAAUAGGUUCAUUUGUGCGGAUAAUCUAUGGACAAUCGCUUUCCUGUUUAGAACAAAAAAGGAGAAAGUCCAAAGACUAGUGCAAAGCGGAUAGAAGAAACAGGUUGCAUGUACAGCGUAGUAAACAAUACCACAGGAAAGUACUCCCAAGUAGCUUUUGUUUGAAUGGUCAAACUUUAGGAUUUCAUCCACAGACUCAAAAGUUAGAACCACCUUGUACAGCAUAAUAAAUAGUAUCACAGGAAAGUACUGCCCAGUAGCUUUCAUUUGAAUGGUCACACUUUAGGAUUUCAUCCACAGACUCAAAAGUUAGAACCACCUUGUACAGCAUAACAAACGAAAGUACUGCUCAGCAGCUUUCAUUGAACAGUCACACUUUAGGAUUUCAUCCACAGACUCAAAAGUUAGUACCACAAAAAAGUACCGCUUAGUACCACGAUAAACUCGCCACACAUGUGACAACGAUAAAUUGAUUCUUUUAUUGAUUAAAUUUAAAAAACCUUAUUUUCUCGCCGCUUAUUCAGCUAUGAAUUUGUUUCUUGUACAGACGCUCCUGUGAAUAUAUUGACUUAUUUCUUGUUCACUGGGACGCAUCCACGAUAAAACCGUAAGUACAAAAAAUGGAAAAGCAAUACCGUUCGUACCUCAAGCGUCGUGUAAACAGACGCAACAUUGUUGAAUGUUACAUGUUGCGUCCAUUUGGACACCCUGUUGCAUGUUGUUGCCUGUUGUUAGGUUGUUGCGCAAAGUUUGAAACCCGUCAAAAUUGUAAAGCUACGUACAAAAUAACAAACGGACGCAACAAGUCCCAACAUUGUUGGGCGUCGUUGCGUCCGUUUCCACGUAGCUUUAUUAGUCUGUUCCAAUUAACAGUAUUCUCCAAAGGCCAUUUCAAUAUAUGUUUUUAAGAAAUUCCCGAGGUGAAGUCGAGGGGAGUAUUAAAAGUAUUCAUUUCGGACAGUAACAGGAAAAUAACUUGUAGUACGCAUUUUGUGCUUCAAGAAAAGAAAUUUUUUUCCUGUUUCGCUGUUUAAGAGACUUGCGGUUUUUGUAUAUUUCUUUGUUCGCUGUUUUUUCGCCGUUGCGGAAGCGAAGAUUAGAUUAAGCGACGUUAAUGACUCGGAGCAUGCAAUAUUCAAAACAAUUUCAAAACCAUAAGGGCUAACCAUAAGUGGUUUCGAGAGCGCUAAGAAAUCUUCAGGAAUUUUCCGUCUUUAAACGUCUGUUAAGCGUAGCUAAGGAACCGUGGAAGCGCAAACCUUUAUUAUAACUUCUCGCACACCGAAAUUGUCUGGCAUAAAAAAAUGAGACAAGAAAGUGCAAAAUCUUUUUUACGACAAAUAAUUAGUACUUGAUAAAGCCGUUGUUCGGCUCACGGAAGUUGUCCUCGAUUGCAGACUCCAAAUUCGAAAACAACUUCUCGCACAGCGAAAUUGUUUGGCUCAAAAAAUUUGAUAAGAAGGUACAAAUCUUUCUUAUGCGCCCUAUACUGAGCUAAUUGAUAAGAGUUUUACAAAAAAGGCGAACUAUUCAAUCAUGUUCGCGUGCAAUUAGUCUCGACACACGUUUGGUAUCAGCGGAGAAAAGUCGCUUGAAAAGAAAAAAAGAAAAACAGCAACAACUACAACAACAACAUUGAAAACAAAACAAGUUUCCUCGAGAACAGUUCCAAGUUUUUUUGUUUGUCAUGCCCUACUGAAGUAUUAAAGAUCUUACUGAGUGAAUUUGAAGUAGUUUCAAGUUUACAGAGAGAAAGCAAACUCAACCUUCUUGUUUUCCCGUUCUCAAAAACCUCUUAAAUUUGAUCAUUUGACGUUGUUACACGUAUAUCGAUAUUAUUGUUUUUCCGCCUUUUUUUCUGUCGAUUUUGAAACACCAAUCUACCCUUAUUAGACAACUUUGCCAUGUUUGUUCUCAUCUUUUGUUUCCUUAGUUUCCUCCAAUUUUAAGCCCUUAUAACAUUAUUUCGACGCGUUUCUCGUGGCGUAAUUUUUGCUUAUUCUCUUGCCAGUCGCAUAAGUGAAAUAGAGGAAGCCCUACGGAAAGGAAUCUCUGACGCUGAUGCUGAGGCAAGAGCAGCCACGCGAAGGUAACCAUUCUCUCAUACUUGUCAUAGUUUCACGAUUGGCGAAAAGAGCUAUUUCGCGCUUUACGCGCCACUUGUUUUGCGUCUUUACGCGGGAAAUUUCGUAACCGCUUUUGAUUGGUUGUUUUUUCAUUGAACUCAGAAACCGGGGAUAAACAUUUCGUAAACUGUUGGUUCCUUUGAACUUUUGACUUUUCUAUGGAUAUGUCCCACGAAUUUGACUCAAAAGCAGUCAAGGUUUUAUUUUAAAAUGUCGACGAGUAUGGGAUAGAGAAUAAAGGCGAUUUUAAGCUCGGUAAAUGAAUGUGAAUGAUGUGAUAGUCAGCUUGUCAAGAAGGUGGAACGUAGGGAAAAUCUCCAGUCCUUCCUCGUUUCUCUCGAGUUCGCGAAAUUCUAAUGUUCACAUCUUUCACAAGUGGAAGAGUACUUAAAUAGGAGAGAUUUAGACGGCUUGGCCAAGUUUGGGAAAAGGGAAACCAUGUUUCUUGAUCGAACUCUUACUAUUGAAAAUCAUCCGUAGAAGCACGAAUCGGCAUUUUGGCGGCCGACGCGUUUGUUAAGUUUGCGAAGUUCAUAAGAAGCGUGAAUUUGCAGUCUUUUCUCUCCACUGCCGCCGCACGCUUGUUCAGUACCAUCCGCCAAUAACCCUCACGUCUUCCGUCAGGUGUUUGGCAUGUUCAAAAGCACACCCCCGCUCAAAUGCAGAUUACUGUAUUUUGUACAUAAUUAUGAAACUCGAUUUUAGAUAAAAAUGAUUCUGAAUUUCAUGCGAGGGACUAGUAAUAUCAUGCGGUGUCGGGUUCUGUAAUCCUAUUUUUAUUUUUCUUCUGUUUCCUUUAAACUAUGUAGGACGUAAUGUUGUGUACCCGUACCACCUACCCAGAUUUGAAAUCCGUUAUUGGCAGGUUGUAUCAGAUUAUCACGCAAACUAAAACAUAACUGAAGCGCUUUCUUAAGUAUAAUGUUAGCAAUUCUAUAAGAGAUAAAGAAGAGAAUGUCGUUUACAACAUUUUAAGCAAUUUGAAAAUCCGAUAUCUUCCUGUAACAUUUCAGUUACAGGAAAAAAAUUCAGUGUAACAUUUUUCCUUUUGAUAUCUUACGCACAAGUUCAAACUUAGGUUUUCCACUGCUUUAUCCUCAACUAUCUUGAUCUCGCUUAUCCACUGGGGACAAAGUCUCUGACUCACAGAGACAGAGAAAACAGAGAAUUUUACUAUUUAUUUUUGUAAAUAUUGUCAUCAUUAUUUGUUUGAAAUAACGCGGAAAUGUGUCAUUUAUCUUUGCUAUAACCUUUCUGGGACGGUUUUUGUAUUUUAAGACUUAACACUGCUGUUUUUCAGUCGAGUAAGAAGAAUUACUUGCUGUUUUUCCUAUGCUAGGAAAUUUUUCCGUGCGCGGUUUAAGGUGUUCAUUGUGUCGCCUUUUGUGAUUUUGAUUCUGUAAAAGAAAACCUCAAAUUUUGAGAUUAUUUUACUAUGCCACUGCGUCGCAGCAUGCUUGCAAAACAGGUGCCAGCGGAGUGUUCUUCAUAAAGAGCACAUUUUGGAUUUUUCUGGUCCUGCAGUCGUUUCGAAAAGCGUAACCGUCUGAUUUCUUCAUCCUGCAUAAAUUCUCUUGACUGUAUCGCCCAUCGUGGAAACAUUUUCAUGCAUUACAUUUUCACUUGGUUAAAAAGCUUGCUGUUCAGUUGUUACAGUAACUGUUCUCGUGUUAAGUUAAAACUUGCGUAUUGAAACGUUGCUUACUUUAUUGCUUCCAAAACGAUCGGAAAGGUAACUAGCAACUUCAAAAGUAGUUCGCAACUACUAGACUUGAGUAUAGUACAAAUAAAUUUAAUACAGACGAUUUUAGUUUCCUUUUGAAUAUUGUUUUCCAAGGAAAGAGGAAAGAAAGAGUUUCGCAUCAUUGAAUGUUGACUUGAUCUCUUUGUUUCUAGUUCAAAUUGUAAUAAAAACGCUUAGAAUAUGCCGCACGCUAUAUUUAGAAGAGUUAUAUGCAGAUUUGCAUGGAGCAGAUUUUUUUACGGGUUUUGUUGUUAGUAGAACUACACGAGAAGGUGUCCUUUGUGACACCGCCUUGUCCAUAAUUAAACAGUUUAAGCUUCUUUUUGCAAAUCUGUGGAUGAAGUGGUAAAGUACCACUAUAAUCAAAGCUAAUGACCAGUCUUGCCAUGCAGUAGCGUUUUCUUCUCGUUUUAAGCAAUCGAAAAAGUUUCUCGGUUGUUUCUUUGGCACGUUUUGCAGUGCUUAAUUGACGGUCUGGUGCUUUCCUAGCUUCGCUGAGUUAAUACCAGGCGGUUUACAAGCCGUGAAAAUAGUUUAACACCCCCAUGAGAUUCUGAUAACUAUACAAUGGGUCUUCUUUUCAAAGAAGAAUGCAGUUGUUGAUAUGAUCACACAAACCUCUUAUGGAUAUAGAACGAAAAUUAGCAACUAUAUUUCAAUGAUGUGACACUGAGUCGUCCGGUCUUAAUUUCUUCCUUUUUUCUGAUUUUCAGGGCGUUUUGGCAUUAUCACGAACUAUUCCGGGACAAGGCGGAAAGGUGCGUUCGUGCGACUUGAUUUCUAGUUUGGUUCUUUCAGCUGUCUUUGACUGGUCUCCAUAAAUAUUCAUUGCGCGUUAAUUAGCUGUACAAAUCACAAACAGAAAAGAAUCACUUAAGUAUAGCUGCUUGAGAUUUAUUGAACAGUCUCUUGCGCGCGCGUUCGCAUGAGCUGCAAUAUUUCAAGUUCUUGUGGUCGCUAACGUUAUUGAAAACAAUGGGAAAGGGCAAAAGUCGUGACUAAAUAUUGCUUGCUUUUAAUUCAGCAAGUUGUAAUAUGCGGUUUGCUUAUGGCGUUAUGUUUUACUGACGAUCAACCAUCUUGGAUCUAUUACUAUAAGUAAACUGACUUUAGCGCGAAGCAAUUGACACAUGUACUAUGUUUUCACAUUAACUUCACUUUUUUGAUCGCCGCAUUUUGCCCUUCUUUGCAGCUUGCUCAAGUCUUUCGAUGUCUCGAAGCAGAAACAACUGGAAAACGAUCGGAAUCUUUCCAAUCUUGGCCCGACGAAAACGUCGACAUCGGGACGUUUCGUAUCUGUAAAACCCACGAAAACAACUGCUGGUAACAGAGUUCGUUCCUCGAGUGCAGCGAGCGAAGACGGAACUGUCAGGUACGUUUGAGCGCCUAUUGUAUUAGAAAUGGACACCGAUUUUGUUCCGGUGUGUUAUAGUUAGGUGCCGGUGUGCGAAUUUUUUUUUAACGGAGUAUGAAUCCGUGUGACAUGUUGAUUAAAGACUCAGUUUGGACCGCAAAUCUUUCGCAGUUUAUAUCAUUUUUGUAAGCUAGUGCAAGUACAGUUGAUUAACUUAAAUUGUAUAGUUGUUCAGUUGAAUAACGCGGGAGUCGAUUUCUGGAAUGCAGAAACGCGUGCUAAUUAAAAGCCAGCUUGAAUUCACAUUAAGUGUAGUCUGCGGUGUAUUGACGGUUAAAUUAUCAAACUAGCCAACAAUGUUUAUCUAGUAAAAGCUCCUUUUAAGAUUCUGGUAAUAAUAUUCGUAAGGGAUGUAAUACGUGCCAUGGCUCAGUGGUUUUGCUCUUUUCAAUAAGCAUGAAUUAAUUUCCGUUAAGUUCUAGUAACAGGUCCAUAAAGAAAAAUACCCAAUAUUUUGGACGAAAUGUUAGCUAAACGUGAAAGCGCAUGGCAGAAGUAGUGCAUGUAUAUCGUACAGGCUUCGAUUGAAAGCUAAAUUUGAUGCAGCUUUUCUUAAAAUAGAUUUUUCAUUAUCUUAACUUUCAAUCGCUUAUUAAAGUGUUUAACAAUCGUGUGUAGCCAUAACUAAAUGUUAUUCAGUUAAAGAUGAUUAUCGAGUUUCCAUAAAUUUAGCAGCCAUUCAUUAGCAACAUACGCACAUGGUCCUCGCAUUUCCCGUUGGAAUUUUUCCUUCCUUUUCAAUUAAAAACAGCAAAAAAUUCCAACCGAAAAAAAAAAAAAGUCCAUAAAUGAAUCAGCCUUUAUGGAAAUAACUCAGAAGCCAAUUGUAUUGUCAGGUCACUCAAAUAAUGAUGUAGCCCGCUUUAGAAGUAAAUGAAGUACUUCAAUACAAUGUUAAAAAAAACGUCGAAACAAAAGAGUGUUGUUUCAACGAAAGGCCGAACAAGAAGCAAUUUACAACCAGUGCGAGAGAGUUUCCCAAGAAAGUACAAACCGCGACUUUUGUUUCAAUAUAUUGAUGUGUUAUUGACCAUUAUGGACCAAUAUUGAUCGUUUUCGUUAAGUAUCGUGUUUACAGCUAAUUAACUCUGGUACAAUAUUUAAAGAUUGUUAAAUACUGCGGAUGAAUAAAUCAAAGACUUUGCUCUACGUUGUGCUGAAUGAAAACCAUUUUCCUGGCAUUAAGAUUUUUUGCAACAAUUAUAGAAAAUCCAAUGUCACGUUCUUUUCUCGCAGAUUACGGUGCAAUAAAUUUUACUUUACCAGCUACACACUGACGGUGCAAACCUCGCCCCCCUUUCCCCACCACCUCAACAAAUAAUCGUUAAUCAAUGGUACUGUGAAUAGGGAACCUGACACAUGGAAAAUAUGUCCAACUAGUUUGUUCUAGUGUAUGUGAUUAUCAGAGGGAAUUCUCUAUAGCAAUGACGUUCACUUUUUUCAUUCUCUUCAGUUCGCGUCAUACCGCCCCUACUCGUCAAACCGUUGGAGCUUCCAGUCGAGCGGCAAGAACCUCCCACAGAGAAGGUGAGAAAAUUUGGCCACAAACUAUGUAUGUGUUUACUCCUCACAUCUUUUAAGGCGUUUGUAUUUGUCAGCAAAAUUAACCGUUUCCGUCUACAUUUUCUUCCAGAUUCACGGCAUGCGGUGGCUUCAAAGACGUCAGGAUCUCUUUUGUCUCCCAUGGCUGCUCUUGGCCGCUCCAUCAGUAACAUUGAUCAGCGGUCAGCUGAAAGAGCCAGCGCUCGCUCAAAGCUUAGAUCAGCGGCUUCACGCGUGUCGCCUCAAAACCAUCACGCGCAACUACGGCAACCAAGGACCCAGCAUCCGUCGCGGGGAACUGUAUCGCAGCGUGAGUAAAUCUUUAGCCAAGCACUUUCCGUCGCGCCUUUUUCUUGUAUGCUCUACGGCGAUUCUACAGUUACAUAGAAAAAAGGGGGAUGUCUUUUAACAGUUCUUUUUAAUCAAUUGCACUAUGUGAUCAUUUUGGGCGGACGAAUUCGGACCAGUGCCAACAUUGCAAACAUCAAACAGUUUUUCGGGCCCGAAAAGUUACGGAGACUUUCGAGAAAAGGACCCCUGAAAAUUUAGUACCGAGACUUUGGAGAAGCGGACCCCUGUCUUACGCGCCACCUGAAAAUGGCUAAUUGAGUUUCUAACACUCUUUCUCUUUCUGUUAUUUCAGCUGGUAGUCGGUCCCAAUCUCCCGAUCGGCUUUUAGCAACAUUCCCUCCCCGAGAGAGGUCUGAAGUCUACUGUCGAAGGGAAAGCAUUUCAGGGAGAACAAAAAUACCAACACCAAGGUAAGUGAUCAAUUACCAUGCACAGCAGUUUUGCCUUUAUGUUUCAACCCUGUUAUCGUAAUUUUUUUUUUUAGUUUUUCUUCCCGCCUUGAUUAGCUGGGCUAUUUUGCAGGCGAGGAUCAAUUAAUGAUAUGUAUCCAUCCAAAGUGUUUUAAAUAAACUUGUACUUGAACUUCGACAGCUGCCCUGGGUUUGUCUGUUUUGCGUCGCGAGAUACUAGUGAGAUUUCGAACCUCGUUAAAAGUGCUCUCUACGAAACAACGAUUGCUUCUCUUUCAGGUGUAAUCACGUUAUUUAGCCGUUGCAUCCUGUUCGAUAACAUGGGCUGUUGUAUAUAGUUCCUCUCUCAAAUUUUUAUCUUUUUGAAACAGUACGUUGAUCGGGCUUUCAACACGUUCUUUAGAAGUAGCUGCUGACUACUUUACCCUAUUAAGCCACAAUAUCCACACACAAAUUCUCCUGAAUGAUCUUUAUACAUUUCCUUAAAGAAUUAAUUGAGAGAAUAUGGUUAAAGACCAAAGUAUUCCGUUUGGUUAGCAUUUAAUUUUUGGAUCAAUUUAGGUCUUGGGGAAACUACCCACCUACCCCUCCCCUAAACCAACAUUAUUACUUACUUCUCACUUAGGGCAAAAUGUUAGGUUAGGGGAGGAGUAGGUGGGCAGUUUUCCAGAACCUAAUUUGAUCCUAAUUUGUUUGUCAUAACCUUUUCUCUUUAUAAUGUUUUGAUAUUAGGACAAAAUUGAUGUGGGUCACUCAUGGGGCUAAUUUUAGUUAACAAACGUGCUGGUGCAUGGUAGAUACCUAUUUCUUCCUUCUUUUUAAAAGCCAAACAUUUGGGAGAAUGUCAUGGAAAUGCUUUUAAAUUUUUUUGUGUGAAAAUAUGACCGGUUGUACCUACCUUAAAUAUUCCCCUGCAAAUUCAUAAGUUCCAUUCGUCAACGUUAGCAAAUUACAUGUUACUAACAAUUUUGUUGUAUGUUGUGUUUGCAAGUCUACCUAUCUUAGACACUCCCUUGCAAACUGUGUCUAAUAACUGUCAGUGAACUGUUUAUUGUACUGUUUGCUUCGUCGUAGUAGUUUUUGUUAAAUGCAUUGUUGUUGUCGAUUCUUUUCCAGUGUCUCUCGGCAUCCCAGCGACGAGAAUUUGGCCAUGAUCCCUAGGUGCCAGUCACCCCUACCCCCUCCCUCUAGUUCUCCUUCUUUCCUCCCUGUCCGUAAGCAUCUGUGAGUAGUUUUGUCCUCUGUCUUAUUUGACGCAUUUAAACGUUACCCAGUCGUUCGUCAACUCGUUCUUUCGCCAAUCAUUUUUCUUCAAGCUCGCGUUUAAUUUGUGCCUUGAGCUCAGCCUGUCUUCAUUUUCCUUGCUACUUUACGUUUAUUGACUCAAGUUUAAUUAAUGAUUCUUUUCCAGUACCUCUCUGCUUUUAAGCCAUGAGUCUCUUGUUGGGUCUGGGCGCCAGCCGUCCUCACCCACACCUUCUCUAUCUUCAUCUUCUUCAUCUUUUCUACCUGUUCCUAAGCCUUUGUAAGUUGUACUUUUCAUUCUUUUUAAUUUUUUUCACAGCUUCUUUUUACUUCUAUUCGAGUAAGUUCCAUCGACUGUCUUUAAAUUAGCCAGCCUCUGAGCGUAGUCUGCCACAAACUAAUCAAAACAAAGUAAUCAGUGAGUGAAUCGCAGCUAAGAAUGAAUUCGUGACAGGCGCGCGAUUUAAAGGGCGGGAAACUUGUAUCCCGUGACUUCUUGCGCGGGAAAAAAAAUUCUACUCAUGUCAUGUCGUUACGUGUGUGGUCAUGAUUGGUUAUCUCUGGGAUUAGUCAUAGCACUUCACGCGUUGCGCUGGCUUUGUAGGCCAAUCACAGAGUUUCACAGAGCUUAACAGAAAACAGAACUACAUUCACGUCAGUGAACUGUGAAACGCUCUGUUUUCAGUUGUUUUCUUCUUAAAAAGACUUUUGUCUUUAUCCUUCUUGCUGUUUUUGCCCCAGUUAACUUUUUCAGUUGGUUCUUUUUGAUACGGUUUGACUCUUUUCACAAGUUGACAUUUUGUUAAGUUGCUUACUUAUUUGUUUUAAAAAAGCUUGUGUUUCAUUUUUCCGGUAGCGUUCUUUCGAUCUGUGUUUUCUUGCAUCAGAAUAUCGCAAAUGACAUCUUUAUCUUUUUCUUUAAUUUGCGUUUUCAUUUCUUCUUUUGUUUUCUUGUUUUUUCUCUUCCGUUGUGUAGUAGAGGGUGCGAGAGUAUUCUCAUCGAUACGCCUAGUUUUUUCGAACAGUCUUAGCAUAUGGACGAGCAUGAGAAUUACUUUUCUUCACUUUACUAUAUUUUUAUUUUUUUGUUCUCUAUAUUUGUACUCUGUCAUCCUUUGGGGCACAGCAGGUAUUUUUUGUAGCUGGGGUCGGUGCGCGAGCAAAAAUAUUGGAAGAUGAGAUGAGACUGGUGGUGAUAAGCCAGGGUCGCCUCGGCCUCUUCCUUUCAAUCUCCUCGCCUUCUGUUCAAAUCUCGCCCGCGUUGCAAAUUUCUGCGCAUCGUUUCUUCUCCUCUAGAGGCUUAAAGCUUUAUCUUCGCUCUUAUUUUUUCUUUGAGACUCUGUCUUAUAGUUUCUGUUUGUCUUCAACAUUCACUGUUCGUACCUUGCAUUCUCGCGAUAUUCUUUCUCAGGGUUCUCCUUAUCAGUCGGCGGUAAAUAUGUCCAUUUAUAACAUCAUCUACAGUGAAAGCAUUUUAAACUACCUGUUAUUGAAAAUACGCACACUGUGAGUCACCUUACCCACUAUAGUUACCCGCUUGCAUACAAAAACACGUUUUGGAACGCUCUGAAACAAGAAAAAGCACGCUGAUAAGUUACGGAGAACCUUGUCUCUUGUCAUAAUAAUGUACAAUCCCUUUCCUGUAAUAUCUUUGAACAACUGAUACUUGUGCUCUAACUAUCUUCUAUUGCAGUAUUUCUCGACAUCUUAGCUUCGAGUAUCUACCUAGGGGUCCUCCUGGUUUUUCUUUCUCUUAUAUUCCUGUUUCUCAGUGAGUAAACUGCUUAUUCUCUGCAUGAUUCCUGUGGCUAACCUUAAUCACCAUUUCACUGCUAAAUUAUGCCCCCAGUGGGUUGACUAAGUAACUAUUUUCACUGCCAGGUACAAUCCUUUGAUCCCGUGCCGCCACUCUCUUCUAAUUUUUUGAGGGGUCGUAACUACCACAUUUAACAGAUAUUUUAAAAAAGAAUUUACCCAUGUGCCAUUUGAGAAUAACUUACUCGUUCGUACUAGCGUUCUCCAUUUAUUCAUACGUUUAUUUCCAAAGAUUAGGAUAUCUCAACGUUUUCUUAGCAAUUCUGAAGUUAUUUUCCUGUUUUUUCUGACAGUCGAAUGCGAACUGCCUCUCAAUCGAGCUCACGUGCUAGUUCGCGUGCGAGCUCCCGCGGGGCGAGUCGAGACACGAGCCCUGAUAGGAGAGACAGACGAUUGAGUGUAGAGAGAGGAUACAGUCCGAGUCAUUUGCCAGUGUUAAAGAAAGCCAGCCCAUUGCACAGUAAGUAUAUCAUUUUGAAGGGAGUUACUGUUAUGUUGACUUGGCCAUAAUAAACGGCUCGCCAAAUAAUUAAUAAAUUAUGAGUACAGUGAAACCCAGUUACAGGAACUACGUCAUAGGGAUACUACUGGUUUCGGGCAAUUCUGUGCUUAAGGUGGCACGUACCCAUUUUCUCGCGUGGGGAGUCCAUCGCGCGCGCGUAUCCCACUCCACUUUUGUACGUGAGAGAUACAGAAAACAAAUAUGGCGGUGCGCGGCUAUUUUUGUGCAAGUUUUAAUACUUUUGUGCCAGACCCAUAUAUUUUUGGAAUAGACCUCUUUUAGCUGCAUGUUUUGUUUUCCCAAUUCCGACCACGUGAUAUUCUCUAGGGAAUUUGCCUUUUCUCUUUUCAUUAUCAUGUAUACAUAUGCACGUGGGAUGCACGUGCACAGGACGACAGUUGAAAGAAACAGUUCUCUGUGGUACCGUCACGCGGUCUGUGAUGGGAAAACAAAACGUACAAACUAAAAAGGUCUUUUCAAUGGAUGCGAAAAAAGUUUUAGCUUUUUUUUUCGCCCUUAUACGGACACCUAAGGGACACACCGUGCUGUCCUUAUUAAGCGGGUGUUUGUAGAGCGCUGUUUCACUGUUUUUUACGUUUUUUUUUUUCAAUGUAGAUCCGCCAUUAAAGCAAUCUAGCCAGGGUGAGCCUGCGGGUAAAGGCGUCACUGAAGCAGCGGUUUGGGACGCGUGGGUAAGAAGAGUUUAAACUUUGUUUUUUUUCACAUUUGUUCUUCGUUUUUCUCUAGACAAAUUUAAUAAGUGAGGUGAGAGCGUGAAUCGUAUGUUUGGAUGACUUAAAUUUCCGCACUGUCAUGUAAGGUUACCGAAGGCGUAGAACUCUCUAGAUAGAAUCACUGAUUGAUUAACAUUCAUGUGGACUUUCUGCAGACGUUUUAAAAAAACAGUUUAUCUGAUGUCUGCAUCAGUUAAUUAUCACCGACCUACGCUUGAUUGGCUGCAUGCAAUCAGUUCAAUCAAGGAAGUUAGAACUUAAGGUACGGUAAAAUUGGCAACUCUGAAAAACGUGCAACUUGUUUUGCAACAUUGCUGAAAAAUGAGUUGAAUAGCCAUGUUGCGCGUUUUGCCAAUUACGAAAGAAAAAACCUCGCAACCUGAUUUGUUGCAAGACAGGUUCGAACAUGGGCGGUAAAACACGCAACAGUGCUAUUCAACUCGUUGGGCAGCAAUGUGGCAAGACAGGUUUUACGUUUCUGUUGCCCGUUUUACUGUAGCUUUAAAAUUUGAAGUUGAAUAGCGAUAAACUGCUUUUUAAAAGUCUAUUCGGAUAAUUAUGCGUUUCUGGGAAACUGCCCAUCUACCCCUCCCCUAAGCCACUUAGGGCAAAAUGUUGGCGUAGGGGAGGGGUAGGUUGGCAUUUCCCAGAGGGGCACAGGUUAUCAGUAUUCCCUUGUUUUGCCAGGGAUACUAACAAAAGAAUACUCGAGCCUGCUUGAAAAUUGCUCCCUCGCGAGGAAGGUGACGCGCGUGACGGGGAUGUAUCCAAGGGAACGGGUAGUCCCUCAUUUUCCUUAGGGAUAAAAGAGUGAGCGGAUUACGAGAGCGAGCGUGAAAAUUGCCACCCACGAGGAAGUGACACGCGGAGGGAAGAGAGAAAACUCACGCGCACUCGCAUACUUUCCCUGAAGAAAAUGAGGGACUAUUCCAAGUCUACUGUAUUCAAGUGAAAAUUGUUUCCUUGCUUUAUUGUUCUCUCUUGCCAUGUAAGGAUUCAGGCCAGUUUUAUUGUUUUUGCGCUAGAUUUAAUUUGUUUUUUUUUUGUUGUUGUUUGAAAUCUUAGCAUAAAAGCCCAUCAAGAAGAAAAUAUUCGUUUGGUUCGACUAACUCUCAGUGUUCUGAUGACGACAAUGACAGUGAUGUGGGCAGUAUAUCAUCUGAGAGAUCGUACGGAUCCAGAGGCUCUCGAACCCACCACAAAACUCUUGAACCCGGAAACGUAAGUCUUCUGCGUUAUACUCGCAACAUGCGGCACAAACUGCGACUUUGACAGGGUGCUUACUAUUUGUAUGGGCAAGCCGGAAGAAAAUUGGGUCGAUGGAUCAGAGAAUAAAAUAGUUCGCGCUAUUUCUUUCUGCGAAACUUCAUAUAUGGUCCGUCUUCUGAGUCGACGCUUUAGUUUUACAUGAAGUUGUGGUCUUCUCAUCCAAUUUGGUUACACGUGCACAAGGUUCUUCUCCAACUAGGUCAAGUUUAAUCACUAAGUAAUCAUAAACAAGAUUUUUAGCGGAUGUUUUGGGCAAAUCGUAAGCACCCUUACUGAUUUGUGUAUAUACACAUGUAAAUGUGAUUGUUACCUAGUAGAUAAGUAGCGGCUGAUAAGAACUCGUUUUUCACGCGUUUGUGCGUUGCGCGUGGAAUUGGGAGCCGGUCAGUAAGUGUUACGAGUACGGGUUAGAAACCUGGGCUAAACUGGUGGGCGGAGGAUGCUGCAUGCAUUAAAGUGCAUGCCGGGGGCGGGUACUGGGCAUAUGAAAGGGUUGUGGAUGCUCGUCGUCUCCCUUAGGGCUGUAAAUUGCGGAUUUUGGUCUCACUUAGGGUGUUCUGGGCAAAACGCCAUCAUAUUUAGCCGUGAAGGUCUCGUUUAGGGUUGCACGAGCAGAAAUAUAAAAAUAUAUAUUUGAUAUGUAUAUUUUUUUGGUCUCUUUUAGGGGUCAAAGAAAGCUUGGGCUACGCCCAAAUCGGUCUCCUUUAGGGGUUUAAUUCAAAAUUUCCGACGAGCAUUCCCACCCCUUUAAUAGGCGGAGUCCCCCCCGGGGGGGAAUGAUGUAAGGUGGUUUAAUUUUUUAGUCUGUGGAUGAAAUCCUAAAGUGUGACCAUUCAAAUGGAAGCUAGGAGCCGUACUUUCAUGUGGUGCUGUUUAUUGUGGUGUACAAGGUGAUUGUAACUUAAAGUUUGACAAUUCAAAUGAAAGCUGAGCGGUAUUUCCUUUGGUAUUCUUUAUUAUGCUGUGCCAAUUCGCUGUUGUUUCAGUAAAAAACAGAAAAUCGUUUUCGUGCAAUUUGCCUUUGAAGUUUCGAAGUGUCGAUGUUAUUGAAAAUCUCAUACCUUAAAAUCUGCUUGGUUUCAUUGCAAAAUUACAGAAAGAUUUUUUUCAAAUUUGUCAUUUUUGGAGCAAUUCCAUCUCAGCCAGGGGCAAAGCGUAUCCGCAUUUACGAAUCGUUUUAGAAGGAUAGCGAGUACUUAUUUUUGUUGACCCAUCCAAAAUAAUUGUUCUUGUACUUUUCGUUUGCUCCACUAAAGCAGAAGUUUCAGUGAUUAUGUAAUCACUCUAUACUCUUUAACUAUGUAAGUUAUACUUAUGUAAAUUAUCAUCUUUGUUUACUUUUCCAAUGCUCGUAUCAGUGAUUUUACAGACGAUAAAAGUUCUAUUAUCUAGCGCGAAACACUUGUUAAGGGAGAUUAUUUAAUUUCGUUCUGAUAACGGGUAAGCGAAAUACACAUAUAACGGUGUGUCCGAUUGAAUCUUCUUUUUUUUUGGCUUUCAGUUGAGAAAAAUCCUUUCGUUAGCAGUUUCAGAUGCCGAAUUUAAAGCUGUUUCCCAAAACGGACAAUAAGCUGGUAUUGACGAACAAACCUUUGUCGCUUUGAAGGUUGCGUCAAAGGAAAUUUGAAUGAAAAGCGAAUUUUUAAUUACUAAGUGAUCCUUUUCAAAGAGGGUCGGCGUCGGUGUUUAUGUGCCGAUGGUAAAUGAAACGUAUGGUUUUGAAGGUAGCUUUACUGUUGAGGUCGUUUCCUAAACAACACAGCCAGUAGUGAUCAUGGAAAGCGAUAUUCACACGACCUUAAAGUGGUUACACGUGAACGCAGUCAAAACGUUAACAAUAAGCAAACUGAAAGAAACACAUAAAUGAAGAAGUUAUCUUCUCGGAAAAGCAAAACAAAACAAAAAUAAAAACUUAGGGGCUUUCUUAGUGGCGAGUGAACGUGAAAAGAGAAAGAGAAAUUGGUUCUACCAAAAUCGUCCGUGCGUCGACGGGUGAAUGACUCUAAAACCACUUUGCGGUUGAAGACUCAGUAUUUGAAUUUGUUAAGCUAGUCUAUUUGCCAGAGCGGAAAAUACCAUUAUAUUUUGUAAACCGCAGUUUGGGUGGUUAAACCUCACUUUUGCCUAAUUUUUUUUGUUUUGUACGAAGUGCACGUGCAGUGUAUGCAAAUUUACGAGGUAGUUUACGGCAGACGUUUCUCCUCGUUCAUCGCCACUGAGGGACGUGACGUUCCUCGUCGCGAAACGUCCUUCAGCGGCGAUGAGCGAGGAAAAACGUCAGCUGUUCGCAGGCUACGGAGCAGUACUUUCCUAUGGUACUGUUUAUUAUGCUGUACUAGGUGGUUCUAACUUUUGAGUCUGCGGAUGAAAUCCUAAAGUGUGACAAUUUAAAUGAAAGCUACUGAGCAGUACUUUCCUGUGGUACUGUUUAUUAUGCUGUACUAGGUGGUUUUAACUUUUGAGUCUGUGAAUGAAAUCCUAAAAUGUGACCAUUCAAAUGAAAGCUACAGAGCAGUUCUUUCAUAUGGCACUAUUUGUUUUGCAGCAUUUUAUAAAGUGAAAUCCCAAAAGUUUUUUGAAUUUUCACAAUGGCUUAACUUUUGGCAGUGAAAGGAUUACUGAGACUUAUAAACAGAAAAUCGCUGUCUUGCGCUUUCCUACGUGCGUUCAGUUUUCAACCCGUUGACGCUUAACCUGUUAACUGUCACCUCGAGAACAACAAUUUAAUUCCAACACAACUGAAACAUCGUUUGCAUCAUACUCUGUGGGUGGGUAGCCUGUGGUUCUUAUGUACCUGUUUUCUCGCAUUCUCACUUUCCACAAGAACACUCGCCCCAGGCCAUGCGCGUUUUGUUUUCCCAAUGCAGGUCAUGUGAUAAUACUUUAGGGGACUGUUUCUUUCAAAUUUCGUCUUAUUCACGUGUAUAUGUUAGCAUAUGCACGCACGUGCUUAUGUACGACAAAGGGUCAAAUUCCCCUGUGACCUCUAUUGGGUAAACAAAACAUACAAGCCAUACAAGCUGCAUACAUUGUAAAGUUAUACAGCCAAAUGAUCCAUUUAAAGAAGUUGAUUUGAAAUGACGUUCUUAGAUCUUUCUUAACACUCUACCUGCCCCAAUGGCUAGGAACUUUUUUUAAUUUUUUUCAUUAUACAUCUCGUGCAUUCUUUCCCUAGUAAAGGAAAUUAAAGACUCGAUUGUUUUCUAGAAAAAUCUUUCUCGCUUGCGCGAGACUAUGUUGCGUGAUUUACUUCUGUUAAAUAAAAUUCUGGAACCUGGGGCUAGCUUUUUCCAUCCUCAAAACUCUUCGUGGAAUUGUAGCUUGUGAACAAUUUCAUUCUGAUAAAGUCGAGCCAAAUAAUCACACGGGAAGUUAAUUAGCGUGUCUAUUCCUAUGGUGUUGUUUAAUAUUGUGGGGUGAAUGCUUCUUUAUGAGUGUGGGUAAAACCGUGAAGUUUAACCAUUUAAAUAAGAACCCCGCGGUGUUUGUUUUUAUUGUAACUAGUGAUUCUAACUGUGGCAUCUGUAAGGGAAAGCGCAUGAAGUCAAGAUAUGCGGUUACACCUUUGCCUUUUUUCGUUAUACUAAUGUGAAACGCCUAAUUACUUAAUUUUAGAGUAGAAAUAAAAAUACAAAACGGUCUUGGAACCGGGGUUGAAUUGAGAACUUGGCCAUUUUUACAAGCCAGUAGUUUAAGACCUGACGCCUGGUUUCUGUGUUUUGAGUCAGCCUUUGUCAUAUUUAUACGCCUCGCUUCCUUUGAAUAACUGAUUUGAAUUGUAUCGUUGACGCAAAAGCCGUUUAUUUUCCUUGACCAUUUAAAAAUAGACGCUAAACGUUUUUGAAUUAACGCUGAACUAUAGUCUCUUUUCUUAGCACUUAAGGUAAAUGACCCCCUUAAAAACGCACAGAUAAGUGACCAAGAGGCAAAGAAAUGUGGCGCCGAAUAUAAAGUUGUGUACUUAACUGCGUUAAGUAACGAACUUUAGCGUCCUCGAAUACACCUUUCACCUCAAGAUCGAACACCCGAUCAUAAUUUUGGAAUUAUACUCGUAUUUUUUCUCGCCAUAUCAACCGAUAAAUUCUGCAGUUGCUCGCGUGCGUGACAAUUAAUUUUUCAUGUGACCAUUCGUGCGCAGACGACAACUUUAGUUUUAGUUGGUUCUAGAUAAGACGAGCUAAGACAAACCUCUCUUUUUCCUUCCGCAAACUUUGUGAGUAAUUCUCACAAUUAAUACAAAAGUUACUGCAAUAUAAGGAGUAAACUUGUUUUGGCUUUCAUUUGUUUUAGGCAGAACAUACUACGUUUCUAGCGGACUUAGCUUGACUAGAACAAUCUUCAACUAUUGAACUGUUUCAAAUUUUGUUCUGUUAUGUUAAUUACACCUGUUGUGAGUUGUAAAAUAAAGAUUAUUUUUUCAAAAGAGGAACGGAUAAGCUAGUGAGUAUGACGCACUUCUUUUUCGAGGAAACUUGACGUGAAAUGUGAUCUUUUUCUUCCUCUGGAGGUUCCAUUGAGCAAGCGAAUCUAAUUAAAGCAAAAAAAGACAAUGUAAUGGGUUUUCUACAGCUGCUGGGAGUUUUGUGUUUUAGCCGAUCUCAUAAAAGUUUAAUGAGGUUUUUGUUAUUAGCGAGCGACCUCAAAGUAGUGUUCUAUUCCAAAGUCGCUAUUCUAUAACUCUUGAACGGCUUUCAUUCGUAUUUGUAUGAAGUGAAAAAGUGUUAUUUGUUGGUCGUGAAGAAGUAAGACGUCCGCCGCUCCUCUCUGCGAGAAGUUUAAUUUGCUUUUUCCAGCGGUGCGUGUCCAAUCAAAUUGAUGGAUGGAUAGAUAGAUUGCCAACUCAUGAAUUACAAAACAGUUCCGCACGUCUAGCUAAGUUAGCUGGCAAAGCUUCCUCUUAACGACAGCGAGCAAACAUGUGGAACAAACUCUUCGCAAAUUAACCUGGAAGGAAAGUCAACUCAUCGAAACAUGAACUUGUUAACGCUCGGAAGCUAAAUUUUGGAAUCCUAUGGAGGGAAAAACGACGAAAAGACCUGCUAAAACCCCGGCCUGCUGUAGCGAAGGCUGCUUUCAAAAAUGAGAACAAAGACGAAGCUUUGGCCUACGUACCCGAGUUAUCGGCGUCGGGUUGAUGCCUUUGUUUACAACCUGAAGCGCUAUAUAGUGAAAACUGUUUUCCCUGGUAAUCCAAGGGAAGAAUGGCUCUGGUUCAAGUACUGCCGAAGAAAAGGGAUUCUUCUCCGUAUUCGUCCAAGCCAUGUUAUUUUAUUCCGACAGGUAAACUGCUGUGACCUGCUUAAAUCAUGAAUUGCGUUUAUUGUGAGGAGGAACACAGUUAGAAUUUUGCAUGUACUUGGUGUUCUAACAAUUUUCUAUUUGCUUUGUGCUUUAAGAAUAAUUUCGGCAAAGUUCGAUAUAAUUUUUUCGUACCGGAUAAAUAAACUGAUUGUGGUCUUUCGAUCUCUUCCGAUUAUUGUUUUUAAUAUGAAAGUAUGGUUUUAACAUAUCAAAAGCUCUGUCGUAAAUUUUCAAAUUGAUAAAUAAGUGUUUCGUAGUUUUGGCAAAUGAUAUCAAGGACGCGAAGUUGGAAACCUUUCCUAAUUCAGGCGGAAAAUAUAUUCCUUCACAGUCAUUCAGUUUCAAGAUAAUCAUAACUUAUUGCGCUGUUUUUGGAGGAAUGUACUGACGUUUGUUCCUAAAAACAAGCGGGAUUGGAUGUUAUUUUGUUCUCGUAAAAGUAAAUGAAAUUCAUAUCUGCAUAUGGUGCAUCUUUCUAUUUUAGAAGAUUACUUCUUGGCGGAACUUUUAAUCUUUGUCAGACACCUGCUACAGUUUGUCUAUGAUGACUGACAUCGACUUUUUAAGAUUUUUGGAUAUAGGUCGAGCUCAGUUUACGUUCAUAUCUCUUCGUUCAAUUUGUAACUUGUUAUUCAGUGUUCGUUCUCUUAAGUUAUAGGUCAAAGUAGCCCUUCUUUGACUCUCCUAAAAGAGUCAAUGGAGCCUUCUUUUCUCCUAUCGUUGAGCAGGGCCAAAGUUCAAAGAGUCGAUCUUGAUUGUCGAAGAAUGGGGUGAUUUCGUUUGGGUCUGUUGUGAUCCUAUGAUUCAGACCCUAUGGUUUCAGCAUUUAAAUUAAAGCUACGUACUUUCCUAUUGUACUGUUUAUUAUGCUGCACAAGGCGGUUCUAACUUUCGAGUCUGUGGAUGAAAUCCUAAAGUGUGACCAUUCAAAUGAAAGCUACUAAGCGGUACUUUCCUAUGAUACUGUUUAUUAGGCUGCACAAGGUGGUUCUAACUUUUGAGUCUGUGGAUGAAAUCCUAAAGUGUGACCAUUCAAAUGAAAGCUACUGAGCAGUACUUUCCUGUGGUUCUGUUUAUUAUGCUGCGUAAGGUGGUUCUAACUUCUGAGUCUGUGGAUAAAAUCCUAAGGUGUCACCAUUCAAAUGAAAGCUACUGAGCAGUACUUUCCUGUGGUACUGUUUAUUAUGCUGUACAAGGUGGUUCUAACUUUUAAGUCUGUGGAUGAAACCCCAAAGUGUGACCAUUCAAAUGACAGAAUCUGAGCAGUACUUUCCUGUGGUACUGUUUAUUGUGGUGUACAAGGUGAUUGUAACUUAAAGUGUGACCAUUCAAAUGAAAGCUGAGCGGUAUUUCCUCUGGUAUUCUUUAUUAUGCUGGGCCAAUUCUUCGUUGUUUCGGUAAAAAACAGAAAAUCGUUUUCGUGCAAUUUGCCUUUGAAGUUUUGAAGUGUCGAUAUUAGUGAAAAGCUCAUACCUUAAAAACUGCUUGUGUUGAUUGCAAAAUUACAGAAAGAUUUUUUGUUUGCAAUUUGUCAUUUUUGGAGCAAUUCCAUCUCAGUCAGGGGCAAAGCGUAUCCGCAUUUACGAAUCCUUUUAAAAGGAUAGCGAGUACAUGUACUUGUUUUUGUUGAACCAUCCAAAAUAAUUGUUCUUGAACUUUUUGAUUGGUCCACUAAAGAAGAAUUUUCAGUCAUUAUGUAAUCACUCUAUAACUCUAUAAGUUAUACUUAUGUAAAUUAUCAUCUUUGUUUACUUUUCCAAUGUUCGUAUCAGUGAUUUUACAGACGAUAAAAGUUCUAUUAUCUAGCGCGAAACACUUGUUAAGGGAGAUUACGUAAUUUCGGUAUGUUAAGGGAUAAGCGAAAUACAAUAUAAUGGUGUGUCCAACUGAAUCUUUGUCUUGGCUUUCCACUGAGAAAAAUCCUUUCUAUAGCAGUUUCAGAUGCCGAAUUUAAAGCUGUUUCCAAAAAACAGACAAUAAGCUAGUAUGAUGAAGAAACCUUUGUCGCUUUAAAGAUGGCGUCAAAGGAAAUUUGAAUGAAAAGCGAACUUUCAAUUGCUACGUGAUCCUUUUCAAAGAGGUUCGGCGUUGGUGUUUUUGUGGUGCUCGAUGAAACCAUAUCGUGUUGACGAUAGCUUUACUGUUGAGGUCGUUUUCUAAACAACACAGCCAGUAGUGAUCAUGAAAAGCGAUAUUCACACGACCAUUAAGUGGUUACGCGUGAACGCAGUCAAAACGUUAACAAUAAGCAAACUUAAAGAAACACAUAAAUGAAGAAGUUAGCUUCUCGGAAAAACAAAACAAAACAAAAAUAGAAACUCUGGGGCUUUCUUAGUGGUGAGUGAAAAUAAAAAAAUUGGUUCUAUCAAAAUCGUCCUUGCGUCGACGGGUGAAUGACUCUUAAACCACUUUGCGCUUGAAGACUCAGCCUUUGAAAUUCUUAAACUAGUUUAUUUGCCAGAGCGGAAAAUACCAUUACAUUCUGUAAAACGCGGUUUGGGUGGUUAAACCUCACUUUUUCCUGAUUUUUAGUGUUUUGUACGCAGUGCACGUGCAGUGUAUGCAAAUUUGCGAGGUGGUGUUGCAUUGCACGUGCAAAUCAUGCAGAGAACAGUACAGUGGCGGAUCCAGGGAAGGGGCCCGGGGGGCCGCCCCCCACCCCCCCUUAUUUUUAGACCAAACUGAGGCCCAAAGGGCCGAAAGAAUUUUUUUUGAGUCACGGAUUAUAAGCGUGUUAAAUCCGUACUGAACAAAUCUUGAACACUCGGUAGUAAACAAACAAACAAGCAAACUGGGCUGAGUUGCUCAAAGCAUGGUUAGCUCUAACCAUUGGUUAAGGAGUAUCAAAACCAAUACGGUGUAAAGGUAUUAAACGCUGGUUAACGCUAACCGUGCUUCGAGCAACUGGGCCCUGGUGUUCAUAUUUAUGUAAAAGUCUGUAUCUGUGGAUGCUGGGCCUUUGUCAUGUCUAAUUUGAAUUGCCGUGCCCUAAGCUGUUUUGUUUUUCAUGCCCGUAAGUUUCUCUCGUUCGCCUGAAUCCCACUCUAAUAGUUAAGUGUUAUUUUUCGAUUUUCAGGAGGUAGCUGAGAUAGUUCGUUUAACAAGCAGUGAUGUGUGGUCGGACAGGCGCGAUGGAGUCGUGUGCCUACAAAGCUUUCUUCUCAACUCUGGUGUUGUCAGGUUUGUUUACAAGUCUUUCUGCUUGUGACAAGUCACUGCAUUAUUAGCAUACUGAUACUCCUAAUAUUCCCAUACUGAAACAACACUGUGACCGUACUGUUCCAAUAUUGUCGUCCAGUUGUAACUAUACCCUUACCACAUUGGUAUAUACCAUUACGCUAUGUUAACUCAAAGUGACUUACCAUUGUGUCAGUGUCAACCUUUCACUAUGCUGUCUACUUAAAGUUUCAACAGUUUUACCAUAUUGUCGCCAUACGUUUUCCACUGAUUGCGACAAUGUUAAUAUAUUGCUACCUUCUUGUUACUAUACUGGCACGCUACUGUUUACCGGACUUAAGGAUGGUGUCGUCAAAUGACAUUUUAUUUUUGCAGUCAAAUCCUUAAAACUUCUCAGUUUUUUUCUCGUGCGCGUUACUGCUGAAUUUUUGUAAAUGAAGUUAAUGUUUUUUUCCCUUAGCCAAGUGGAACUGGGGCGGAUAAAGGAUUGUCUCACGCGCUUGUUCUUUGAUCCUCACAACAAGGUAAAACACACUACAGUUUACAAUUUCGUUUGUUGAAGGUCAAGGAUCUCUUGCAGCCGCUAUACUGGUAGUAUACACACACUGAUGGCCGGAGUGUCAGUGGACUUCAAUUUAACAAACGUUACACCAAGAUUUCUACCGUGGCAGGAUAAGCUCAUUUGGUAAAGCACUUGACUACAGAGCGGGAGGUCUUGGGCUCGAUUCCCGGGGCCGGACCAAUACUCAAAGUGUUAAAAUUACUAGGAAAUGAAUGUUCUUCCUUUGCACUCUAAGCGGCUACAUCUUCGCGUGGUUCGGAUGACCACGUAAAAUGGCGGUCCCGUCUCCAGCUGGAGACGUAAAAAUAGUGUCCCCAAUUAGUGCUUUCGUGCUAAAUACAUGGACACUCAAGUAAAGUGCAUUUUUUUUAAGUUAUGUAAUUUUUUAUGAAGAAAUACAUGAAAGUAAUUUUCUUUAUUUCCCUUGACGCCACAGUUUUUGCGUUUUGUGCAUCAGGUCUAACACGAAUUGGUCCGAUUUAUCGGUUAACAGCAAAUAAACCAAUUGGAACAAAAAAUAUCCAAUCAAGAGAUAUAGCUUCAAAAAGUGGGUGAAAAAAUAUUUUCUAACUUAAGAAACUUGAAGGAAACUGACCAAGUUAACUUUCUCAAAGACUUCUGGGGCUGUCCCAGGGACAUAAAAAAAAAACUGGCCAAUAGCUGACCGAAGCUGACGGGCGAGUUCCUAGCCUCUCACGCAGACGUUCUUAGGGGCUCGUCACGCGUGAAGUGGGGCAGGAACGCGUGACGAACCCCUAAGAACGUCUGCGUGGUAGGUUGGUGCGUUCCCUGUAACGAUCCCGGAAACAAUCCCGGGACGCAUUUCGGCUCCAGUUCCCGUCUGUUUCUAAAGUGGCGAAUAUAAAGCCCAUUACAAGGAGUAACCAGCCAUAAAAGCAUAAAUCACCCCGACUAUCGUUGAGAUUGGCUGAUUUCGUUUGUCUGCUUUUUUUUUUCUCUUCUGCAGGUUUACAGUUUGUUUUUGGACGCAUUGUGUGACUUCAUAGUCGUCAAUAAAGUGGAUCUUCACGAUUGGUUGUUCGUUUUGUUGUCACGCCUUCUCACUAAGCUUGGCACGGAGCUCUUAAAUUCUCUACAGUCGAAAGUUGUUAGAGUGUUGGAUGUUAUCAGGUGAGGCUUAACAGGAGAGAUAAACAUCAUGUUGAAUUCGAAAAAUAAAUUUACAUCACAGAAACAAAUAAAAACUUUCAAGCAGGACUGUUAAGUUGACGUUUCGACAACCUCGCGUCGUCUUUUUCAAGAUGGCAUUCAUGUUAAGUCACGCGCAACCACUUUGGACAAGCCAUAUUGAAGGUCUCUAUUCCUUGGCUUGGUUUGAACCACCUUGUAUGGCAUAAUAAACAGCACCACAGGAACGUACUGCUCAGAAGCUUUCAUUUGAUUGAAUGUUCACACUUUAGGAUUUCAUCCACAGACUCAAAAGUUAGGAACACCUUGCUCAGUGUAGUAAACAGUAACACUGGAAAGUACUGCCCAUUAGCCUUCAUUUGAAUGGUCACACUUUAGGAUUUCUUCCACAACCCGGUCUCAGAAGUUAGAACCACCUUGUACAGCAUGAUAAACAAUACCACAGGAAAGUACUACUCAGUAGCUUUCAUUUGAAUGGCCACACUUUAAAAUUUUAUCCACAGACGCAAAACUUAGAACCACCUUAAACAGCAUAAUAAACAGUACCACAGCAAAGUACCGCUCAGUAGCUUUCAUUUGCAUAAUGUGCAGCGUAUCUCAUGUCCCAUAAGACAGUUAAUAAUGCGAUUCUAAUUACCACCAGUUAGUCGUUUUUGCGUUUCUUUCCUGCAGUAAGUAAUCACCAGUUAUAUGAUGUUCCUUUAUCAGGAAUUUCCCCUGAAAAUAUACAUUCAUAUUUGUGUUGUCACAAAAGGGGUUACUGAAGACAUUUUACUUCAAAAGAAGGGAGAUUUCCACACGACGAGACGUUAGUACCAACUAGUAACUUAACUCGUUAACCUUAAGGGUCGUAUCCUUUCGUAAAUCAGUUGGAUUUCGGGAUGAAAUAGUUAAUUCGUUAUUGUUUUUCUCUUUUUCAGAGAUUCCUUUCCUUAUGAUCUUCAGUUUAGCAUUUUAACCAGAUUCAUCACUGAUCAAACCCAGACACCCAACCUCAAGGUAAUGGGUGCAUGAAUGUACUUCAGGGUCUUUUGCUCUUGUGUGUUCGUUGAAACGUGUUACCAGUGCGGCAUGUCAUUGGUCAAAGAUAGAGAAGUUAUUUGGGGAGGGGAGGGAGAGGAUGUCAGCAGCCUAUAGCGAUUCGUGUUUGAGGGAUAAUCAUAUUAAGCCUCGUUAUUAGGUCAUAUUUACAUUGUGCUGGUAGUAUUUUACUUCCUGUUUACCAUCUUCCGUUUGUCUUGCAGGUCAAGAUAGCCAUUUUGCAGUAUUUACAAGGACUUAUCGGUUUGAUGGAUCCAAGCGAUUUCACCAACUCUGGUGGUAUCCUUUUUCAAAGAUUUGUUAUCCAUGCAAUCAAGUAUGACUUAUCUAGCACCGCCAUCUUCGUAAAACCUUGUUAAAUGUGAUAAAUUUUACAUCAAUCCUUCUGAAUAAUUAUUCAGACUUGGCUCCUGGUCUCAGAAAGUUGGGAAGGCAAUAGAGACAUCACAUGACGCACGAAAGGAUUUCUUCGUUAGUUUAUGGACAUUCCCUAUCUCUCGCAACUCCUUGUACGAAAAUGGAAUACAUUUGCAGGUUGCAGUCAGGUGUGAGACUUUUAAGAAAACGUGGAGAAAAAUACGUUAUUUAUGUUGCUAAGGCAAAUAUUCCCCACUUCAGAAGCUCAGGGAGAAUGGGUACAAGCUUUGGUUGCAGUGAUGUCUGGGAUUCGUUUGGGUGGGCAAGCAUCAUUUAUGAUUGGUCGAUGGUAUUCAAGGUAACCAUUAACCAAUCAUAAGUAAUCCUUGUCUACCCAAACGAUUUCAGAAAUCAUUGGACCCAAAGCCUGUAACCAUACUCCUUUUCGUUUGUGGAGUGGGGAAUUACGUCACAACUCUCUUCACUGCCACACGGUUUAGAAUGAUAUUACAGUGUAAAUGUAAAUGCUUUUAAACGCGUGAUAUCUUGAUAAGUUGCUAAAAAAGCUAUACAACUAGAUUUGUUGAAAACGUUUUUAUAGCCUUAAUACAGCGUAGAAACACGGUUGGCGGUUUCGCGGAUAAUCACUUGGACGACUGAGCCGAAAAGCGUAGACGUCAGAAAGGUAAGAAGCACUCGUGCCACCCGAAAUAAAGUGUAAACAGUAAUAAAAUAAAAUGUAAACAGUAAUUUUUACCACGACAUGUGGGUGCCGGGUACUAGAAAAAAACUGCACUUAUCUUGAUGACCCGUGCACUACAUUGUGAGCAUCCCUGGCGACUAAGCUAUGAGUUCAGGGAGAUGCAGGUCCUAAGCGCUCAUAAAGAAUGCACUUCACAUUUCGUUAUCUCUGUCAGUUAAUCCACUCAUGGGGUUUUCCAGCUUCUCUUUUUUCAAACCACAAGGGUGAGUGCAAAAUUUUUGAUACGAAGUGAUGUAAUUUGUGUUCUCAUGCAAAAUAAAACUUGUAUUUUUCAUCUGGCCUUAUUUUAAAAGUGAAAGUUUUGGAACUCGGCAGAACGUGGUUCUUGUCCACUUCAGUGCAGUGUUGAGCUAAUUUAGUGAAGGCGCUUGCUCGUCGGGUGAUUGUUUUACUGUAUGUGACACAGUUUUGUUUUUGAUUCAUUUUGACUGCCUCCUAAUUUGUCCUUAGGAAUCAGCGGCUGUCAUUGUGGCUUUGUUUGAGUUGAACACUCCAGAAUUCAGUAUGAUGCUAACAGUUUUACCCAAAUCUUUCCAGGUAACUCAAGAUAUAUAUUAUUGACCUGAAACGUAGUGUGUGCAUUUUAUGUAUUUCAUUUUAUGCAGCCAUCGAGGGAAUAAGCAGUAUGAGCUCAGUCAGAAGAGCGCUUAACUGCAGAGCGGGAGGUCGUUGGUUCGAUCCUUGGGGCCGAACCAAUACUCAGGGUCUUAAAAAUAAUAAUGAAGGUACUGCCUUUGCCCUGCAAACUGAUAAACGUUUGUGUGGCUUGGAUGAGAUCGUAAAAUAGCGGUGACGUAAAAAUAGUCCCCUUAUCAAGUACUCUCGUAUUAAAAUACAUUAAUAGUAAAAAAAAAAAAUGCGUAAUAGAAGUGAUUGUAAUGCUUUUUUUUCUGUUUUUUUGUAGGACGGUGCUACUAAGCUACUUCACAAUCAUCUAAAGAGCAGCAGCCAAGGUUCAGAGGUAUUAUGGGUAACGUGUUAAAAUCAGUGUCGUUUUCUUUCGAAGGAACAAGAGCAAUAAGCCACAAUCCCGGUCAUAAUUUGUUGAAACACUUCCGGAAACAGUUAGGCCCUUAUAUGGAGAAACGUUGCUCCAGGAAGAGGGUCAUCCGGCCGAGUCAACUUUGGCAAGCGUUUAUCUGAGAAAAAAGUCGACCCCUUUGCACGAGCCAAGACCUUACAACAGCACUCCCACAUGCACUGAUUGUCUCGGCCCUUGACCGAGUUGACCCGAUUGGGUGAGGCAAAUAAUAAUACGGAGAAAAGUUGGCGCGCCCGGCUAGUAGGAUUACCCUAUCGUCGAAAAAGGGUGGCCCACCCUUUUGUAAGGAGAUCGCGUUGGAAAAAUUCGGGUAGGCGGGUGACUCCUGGGAUAACAUUUCUCCAUAAAAGUGGGGCCUUAGACUCUGAUUGUAAAUUGUAAUUUUAUUUUACACUGCUAACAUGCUAGUCAGUCAGUCACAGGCGUGAGUUCACCGAGGAAUUAAGCGAGUUUAGCCGCUUGUUUUAGAGUACAAAGCAGGAACACCAUAAAAUGUUUGUUUUCAGCUUGUUUUAGCGUUUGUCCUGCUGUUCCAAUUUCUGGUUUAAGCUUCAAAAUGUCUAGCCCAAAUGUAGAGCGUACGUAAAAGGCUUCAAAAGCUUGUUAGUGAUUGUUUAACUUGCCUUUGGUUUCUACAGCCUUUUGCUGCCGGUCGCGGAUCUCCGUCGUCAUCUUCGUCCAACUUCGAUGAAGUAGAGGAGCGACCAAGGUUAAGACUUGGUUACAGAACAUUGUCCUCAUCAUCCAUGAAAGGCGUGUCCCCGACAAAGGACGAAAACCGUGCCGAUCAACCGAGCUCCCCCGACCACCACACCAAGAUACCCACGCCUACGAAGAGUCCUCGAGGCUCUCAGACCAGGUUUGGGUAUUCUCCGCAAACAAACACGCCUUCGUUACAGCGUGACAACAGCAGCGAAGUUGAACCGUUGAGCUCGAAUGAGUCCCUAGACGGAAGGUACGCAUCUCCUCCACCUCCCCACCGUGGGGACGCCGUUUCAAGCCAGCCGGAAGACGCGCCGAGUGUGUCAUCCGGGUAUAAUAGUGAUGACGUCACAUCCGGGAAUACAGAAAGCCACCAUCGAAGAGCAAGCGCGGCUGGAACGCCAGCUUCGGGUGAACCCGCCGGACAGAAGUAUGACCCGAGACAAUACCAAGAUAAACAGAAUGAUUUUCAUCCAGUGAGUAAACAAAACAUGGUAAGAAAAUCAAUGAAAAACAUGUAGCCGCAUUUUAAAUAUUAAGGAGAUUAAUUUCCAAUUUUUGGACCUGCCCAACUUUCCCUCCAAGAGUUAUGUAUGUCUUAUAGAGAGUCAAAUAAAGGGAGUAAUGAAAGGCAAGGACCAACUCUAAGUGUCCGUUCCGCCGCGGUGUCCAUCUUAUAGAGGUAUCCAUUAAGGUAUUAGAACUGCUAUAAAAUUAAAAAAUGAUCAUGCUUAUAAAGUCGCUUAUUUCAAAUGUACUCUGAACCUGAACUCAAAUUUCGAAAGUCAAGCAUUUUCGUUAAAUAGGAGCCUAGAAAACGAAGGCCAAAGAUGGUAUCUAAGAGCGCUAUUUUGGAAAUAUUCAUAAUCACAGGGCUGAAAUCAACGCAAUACUUUCCGUUGUUGACAGAAAUGUUGCAAUUUUCACAUCCCGGCACGCGAUAACGUGUUAUGAGUUUCAACCGCUGAGUUACUGUUUGGGAAAUUGUUGAUGUAGACCGAAAGCCUUUUUCCUCAACAGAAACAAUUCCGUCCUCACUAAAUAAUCAAAGAUCGUUUGUUAUUGAUACCACAUGGGAAGUUAAAUUGGAGAGCAUGUAGCUCUUGUCGUCUGAGGACUUCUUCACACGAUGAAACAUCGCUUGCCUUUGACGUAAAUUCUAUCCCAUGCCUUGAUGAUGUGCUGUAGUUUAGUAGAAAGUGAACAAAUCUCACCGUUUAUAGACUGGCACUUUCUCUAAAAUUUUUCUGUUAAACUUGUAGGUACCGGAAAUGAAUGGUUUUCUUACCGCUGGCCGGAAGAAGAACGGUGAAGUGGAGGACGAGCUUGAUCGUUCAUUAGAGGGAAUGGAUCACAGUGAUGACCAGUUUGAUAAAGGUACUAGCAUUACCUGCGUGAUAUUAUUUCGGCUUUGUGAUACGAGAGACCUUUAGAUUCCAAUACUAAGUAAAGCGCGCGUGUGAACCAGCGUCAUUUUAGCGGGAAAACGCGAUAGCCGUCUUCCUCCUUGGCCUAUUAGAUAGUCUUGUGCAGCGAUUGGGUUGUCACAGAUGAUCAACCUGAAGCUCUCCCCUCCCCCCCCCCGCCUUAAAAAAGUACUAGUUAUGUUUAGAUGUUUUUCUAGCCUUCACUGCCUUGAAUAAACCUGAAUGGACUAAAAUUUCUGGCAGUGCAAUGGUAAAAUAGUACUCGUCUUAUUUUAUAUCAUGGGCAAACAACGUCCGGCUAAGUAAAUGAACUUUUUUAGGCCAUGUUUAUACUGAAGAAACUGCUUCAUAGCCCCAGAUCUUUUAUUCUUUCGUCGAAGUUUUGACGUUGGAUUUUAACAAAAUCUCACUCUCAUUGUUUUGUCGUCUUAGAUGUUUCUUUUGAAAACGCCGAUGGUCUUUCUCCUCUGAUGGUCCCUCUAGGAGCACCCUCAGGUAUGCAGACGGAGGAAAAGAAAGAGGCCCUGGGAGAGUUACUGAGAAUGGCCCGUGAAGAGGCACCUGAACUUUGGGAAGAAAACUUGAAUACUCUGCUCUCCUUAGUCUUGAAGAACAUUGGAGAUGACGAGGUAAUACUAUAUAGACUUAAUUUGUUUAUUUUUAUUUAUUUAUUUAUUUAUUUACACCACCACUGUAAUUUUACACCAUGUAAAAUAAGAUUUUGAGAAUUAUUCCAUAAUUAAAAUAUAGUUACAUAAAAUACGUAAUAUAAAAGGAUCUAAAUACUGUAUGGUGAGGAGACCUCUGAAAGCUAAAGGCUUGUAAAAGGAUGUUCCCCUACGAUUUGGUCAUCGAUUUAAUCUUAGAUACUGAAACUUUGACCAGCGGGCGUAGAAAGAUACAAUAGAAUUCAACUUUGCAAAACAUGUUGCACGGUUUUGCUGCCCGUUUUUACCAUACUUCAAGAAACAGAACAUGCAAGGAAACUCUGUUGUUUGCGCUGACUUGUUUAUUUGUUGUUAUUUAUGCUUCAGCCUUCCAUACGACUGCUUUCUCUUCGUGUUGUAAGGGAUCUGGUACGGACUAAGCCCCAUGCCUUGAGCGGACCAAAUCAAAAAAUGAUUGAAACAGUUCUCAUUGCACAUAAGGACUCUCAGAAAGAGGUAAGGCAAGAAACAGGUUUGAAAAGUAGUAAGAGUAACAAGAACAUAUUAUACAAGAUUGUUGCGUUAGUUUUAAAAGACUACGGUCAAUGCUGUCGUGUUAAAUAACAUUCCUUUACAUUGGGCAGGGUCGAAUAAAUGGGAUUUCUUAUGAUUUUCCCACUAUUGUCAACUUGAUGGGUGUUUUUCAACCGGUACUGUUGGACGGGGCGUGUUGACUUCGACAACUGUGCACUGAGAGUCUAAAUGAUUUCGUCCAAACUUGUUGCGGAGCCUGUUGUUGACUUUCAAGUCUCCCUAACGAGAUGCAUUUAUUCAAGUCAACAACCCGUUUUGUAGAGUCAAAAAAGUGGUUUUCAACUCAGAAGCUCUACAGUGGUAGACAUGAUUAAAUUUUUUCAGUCUCGAACUUUAAAAUAGGGGUUUGCCUUGUUGCUUGAAGAUUUUCCUUCAGUUAAACCGUGGAUUGUUUGCUUUAAUCGACAAUUGUGAGUUUCCAAACUGAAAACAACUCUUAAUAUUAUUGUUAUAUUUUUGCAGGUUGCUCGGGUCGCCGAAGAGGUUGCUGGGACGAUUGCCAAGUCUCUACCACCUGAGGUGUGCCUGCAGGCCUUGGCCCCAGUCCUCAGAGAUGCGGAUUUCCCGGUCAAUCUCGCCGCUCUUAAAAUGACAAUUAAGGUAUCGCUGUAGUAGAUUUUAUUUUUAUUUUUCCACUAUUUGUGGAAGAGUUUGACCUUUCUCCCGCCUAGAGUAGCCUAGAAAAAUUUACAUUUUAUAAAUCUUUUGCAGGUUGUGGAAGAUAUCGAUAGUGAGACGGUUGAGGAAAACUUAGGAGAAAUCGUGCCUGGGCUCGUGCGGGUAAAGUUGUGUUUCUGCUUUCUGCUUUUUUGAGUUCAGUUUUUAAAUCUCUUAAUUCCAUGCAUUUCUUUUACUUGCUCCCUCCCUCUCGAACUCACCAUUUGAACAUUUCCCAGGAUACACUGAUCUUGUUCAUUUUUACACUCCAAAAGUUUGCAUAAGCAUUUUCUUUAAUUCCUCGUGAGACGAUUGUGAUACUCUGGAGCAAACAGUGGUUAUCCAAUUUUUUUCAGUGGGCAGUGGUAAACAAGAUGUAUUAUGGGCAAUGUGAAAAUGAUGAAUAAUUAUUUCCUCUGAAUCCUGUCCCCUGCGUAGAGUAAUCGUGCAAUGAAACAUGGUGUUAAAUUUUAUCGUGAUAUACAGUUUGUAACUCUAAGUACAUUCAUUUACAAGUAAAAGUUAUAUCGCUGUAUUUGUCCUUGUUCUCUCAUUCACGUGUACUUCAUAACUUUACACGACUUGAAGAUCAGAAAAAUUCACUGUAAACGCCUUGAAAGAGAACGGCUGAUUGACUGAUUGUUUUACACGAUCGCCGCUCCCGACAAGACGAAAAAUUGAACAAGUACGGCGGCGCUUUUGGGAGUAAUUAGUAAUAAUAGACCUUCUUAGCUUGUAUGUUUUGUUCCCAUUUCAGACCACGUGAUGAUUGAUAUCCCUGAGAGCUGUUUCUCUCAAAUGUCAUCCUAUGCAUGUGCAUCCAUGUGCACAUGUAUACAUGAUGAAAAGACAAAAGGCAAAUUCCCUAGAGAAUAUCACAUGGUCUGAAUUGGGAAAACAAAACAUACAAUCUAAAAAGGUCUAUUAUCAUACUUGAAUGAAGGAAUGAAGAGUCGUGGAUGAGAGGACAACAGACGUGCCCUCUUACAAUACAUUUUAACAUGUGAAAAGUAAGCUUGGACGUCAGCAUACAAAGGCGCCACUGGCAGCCGCUCUCAGUCCAUUUAUGAGCUUACUGUACCCACCCAACCCAUGAUGUGAUGAGUGAAGGUUGACCACAACACCGGGAUCUACGUCCCCUACUAUUUUCGCACCGUGAUGUGGGUUCUUUUACGUCCCACAAGAACCAGGUAAGUGUAAGUGCUGUGAGACGGGACCUACGGUUUUUCGUCCUUAUCCGAGAAGACUAGAAAGUCUAACCGUUUGCAGAUGUCAUUACAAAGGCAGCACUUUCUUCUCAGUUAUUUUAAGACCCUGAGUGUUGGUCCAGCCGGGGUCGAACCCGUGACCUCCCGCUCAUCAGACCGGCGCUCUCCCAACCGAGCUAACCAGGCGGCGGUCAAUUAACUUUUUUAAAUUAACUUUUUUUCUAUCUUUUAGUGCUAUGAUCACGUUGAAAGUAGUGUCCGCAAGGCUAGUGUGUUUUGCCUGGUGGCGCUUCACGGCGUUGUAGGGGAGGACAUUUUGAUGCCACAUCUGGCUGAACUUUCUGGAACAAAGAUGAAACUUCUUAACCUCUACAUCAAAAGGUCCCAGGCUGGUAACGGCGGGGCUCGUCCGUGAGUGACUGGUGACGAGUGAUGAGAAACACGUCUAACCGUCGUCAUCUAAGUGAUGCCAGGGAAAAGGCCGGUCUUGAUGUUGCUAUAGCUACCCUUGGGCUUGCCAAAGAAGCUUGGAUUAGGUGCACAGAAUCGACGUGCUUAGUUUCCUUGGUUCAGUGGACUCUAAAGAGGCAUCUUCCAAAAAUAAGCGAGCGAAGAAAACACUAACGAUCGAAAGAUGGGUCCCCAUAACUGAAACCGGAAAUGUCAGCAGCCUCGCCUGGAAAAAAAAGCGAUUUCUCACGUUUCAAUGCUUUCUCUACAUAAAACAUAGUUACCUAUCUUGCCGGUUUAUUGUUGCGUUGUGAAAACUUGACAAGCUGGUUUCUGCCAGUUUUUAUCAAUAUUGUGUGACAUAACUAGAGACAAUGGUCAUGACGUCCAGACUCAAAUAGUUGUCAGUUGUUCAAGCUCUACGUUGGAAAUCUACACUGUCCGUCAAGACUACGAGCUUUUAAUUUACCAGCAUUUUAUCGACUUUUCUUGUACAAAAUUUUUACCAUUUUUCAUAUUGUAUCAUAUUAUUUUCUUUCCUUGUUUCACCUGGACAUAUUAUAAGCAAAUCUAAUUCCUGUUAUAGAAAGCGCGAAGAGCAAGCCACUCGCUUUGCGUGACUUGACAGCCUGGUUUGCAUGUGAUGGCUAGCGACCAGGCCCCAGUUGUUCAAACGGCGGAUAAAGCUUUCAACAGGACGAAUCUCUCUCCACCUUUUAGCGCAAUUGGUUUCUGUAAUAUUUAUCCAUUGGGUAGUGUUUUUUUUGCAUUGGAUAGUGCUAUCCAGCGUUUGAACAACUGUGGCCCGGUAAAAACUAGCCUUAAAAUAGUACCGAAGUCUCUGUAAGUAAUCGUUGCCACUGAAGAUUGGUUUCCAUUUAAUCGUUGCGGUCGCUUAACGUGGGUUUCAGCUACCCUAACGAUGGAAGCGGUUGUAGGCGUUUUGUACAAACCAGGCUUUGAUGAAUCUGAUUAGACUGUUCACAGUCCCCUAUUUUUUCGUGAGAUCGUUUAGAGAUACCGCGUCUUACCGUCACCUCUGUCUUGAUUUUCAAAUGUACCGAGGGGGCGGGCAUUUUUCUCGCCUCCUCUCAAACCGCCCCCUGCCCCCUAAGUAGUUUUGUCACUCAUGCGAGAUGGCAGCCCGUAACGCAAAGGGCUCGAACUCGAUGAUCUUACGGAAAAAUAGAGGACUGUGAACAGUCUAGAAUCUGAUAAACUAGCGAACGGACCCUACAGAACUACAGAACUGUUUGCCUGUACACCAUUGGAGUCAAGAGAUGCGCAAGUCAAGGACUUUAAAACACUACGUUAUGCUACAAAGGACAGUAAACAGGCGAUGACCGCUGUAAUUGAUUUUGUUUGUAAAGGAAGUAAUAUAUUUAUUUUUAAAUAGACUUCGAUUGAGCGGCAAUAGUUUUAUGUGUGAAGUAAUUAAAUUAAGGAAAGGCUGGGACCACUCCUGGCAGCUAAGUCGUGAUUUUCACGAUUAACUAGAUCAAAAAUAUUAAACCGAAAAUCUUGUUGAGUAAUGAUUAUUUGCCUGAAAUUAAUUUGGUACUUUAAGGGGCUGUAUCAUGGCUAGC